UGAGUGUGCAUCUCUCUCUGUGUGUGUGUGAGAGUGCUUGUGUGUGUAUUUAAGCGCUUUUGGCGGCUGUGCCGCAGCCAAAACCAAAGUCUUGAAACAAAUUUUUGCUGGCGUUGUGUUUCGUUGGCAGCUGUUGGCAGUAUGAACUGAUUUUGACCGAAAUUUGAGGAAGAAAAUGCAAAAAUGAAAAUAUUUUUGCCACUAGUCACGUGGAUAGUGCUACUACUCUCGAGUACAGUACAUUCACAACAGCAACAAAUACAACCCUUUAAGACAAAUCCAAACAAGCAUAGUCGAUUUCGAGGCGAAGUGUUCUUUCUGAAUCUCGAAGAUGGCUAUUUUGGCUGCCAAGUUAAUGAGUCCACAGACUAUUUGCAACUAUACGAUCUAUCGAAAAUCUGCGACGGCAAUCAAGACUGCUUUCUUGGUUCCGAUGAGCUGAGCAAAGAGCUCAAAUGCACAAAUGACUGUGAUAAGGAUGGCACACAGUGCACAAAUGGUGUUUGCCUGAAUGGCGUUUGCCAUUGCAAUGACGGCUUCGGCGGCUGCAAUUGCGUCGAUCCGGAUGAGAACGAAUGCAAGCAACGUCCAUGCGAUGUGUUUGCCCACUGCACAAACACAUUGGGCAGCUUCACGUGUACCUGCUUUCCGGGCUAUCGCGGCGACGGCUUCCAUUGUGAAGACAUUGACGAAUGCCAAGAUCCGGCGAUAGCAUCGCGUUGCGUGGAGAAUGCCGAGUGCUGUAAUCUGCCGGCGCACUUCCUCUGCAAGUGCAAGGAAGGCUACACGGGCGAUGGCGAGGUGCUGUGCACGGACAUCGACGAGUGCAGCAAUCCGCUGGCCUGCGGUGCCCACGCCCAGUGCAUCAACACGCCCGGCAACCACACGUGCGUCUGCCCCGAGGGCUACGUGGGCAAUCCCUAUGACGGCUGCCAGGAUCUCGAUGAGUGCACAUAUCCGAAUGUGUGCGGACCCGGUGCCAUCUGUACGAAUCUCGAGGGCAGUUAUCGCUGCGACUGCCCGCCGGGAUACGAUGGCGACGGACGUGCCGCACAGGGCUGCGUCGAUCUGGACGAGUGCGCGCGCACUCCCUGCGGCCGCAACGCGGAUUGCCUCAACACCGAUGGCAGCUUCCGCUGCCUCUGCCCCGAUGGCUUCAGCGGUGAUCCCAUGCAUGGCUGCGAGGAUGUCGAUGAAUGCGCCAUUAACAAUCCAUGCGGUUUGGGUGCUCAAUGCGUGAACUUGGGCGGUAGCUUUCAAUGUCGUUGUCCACUGGGCUUUGUGCUUGAGCAUGAUAUGCACGCGGAGGCGCCACUGCCGGCCACACCCACACUACAACUGGGCUAUGCCGAUGGCGAUACACUGGCCCAGCCGGCGCCCACGUCGGGCGCCGGCCUGGCCUGCCUGGACAUCGAUGAAUGCAAUCAGCCGGAUGGCGUGGCCAAGUGCGGCACCAAUGCCAAGUGCAUUAACUUUCCGGGCUCCUAUCGCUGCCUCUGUCCGAGCGGAUUCCAAGGACAGGGCUAUCUGCACUGCGAGAACAUCAACGAGUGCCAGGAUAAUCCGUGCGGUGAGAACGCCGUCUGCACAGACACCAUCGGCAGCUUCGUUUGCACGUGCAAACCGGACUACACCGGUGAUCCGUUCCGCGGCUGCGUCGACAUCGAUGAGUGCGCCGCACUGGACAAGCCGUGCGGCCAGCACGCGAUCUGCGAGAACGCCGUGCCGGGCUACAAUUGCAAGUGCCCGCAGGGCUACGACGGCAAACCCGAUCCGAAAGUGGCCUGCGAACAGGUCGACGUGAACAUUUUGUGCCGCACCAACUUCGACUGCACCAACAAUGCCGAGUGCAUAGAGAAUCAGUGCUUCUGCUUGGACGGAUUCGAGCCGAUUGGCUCCAGCUGCGUGGACAUCGACGAGUGCCGGACGCACGCCGAGGCCUGUGGCCCGCAUGCCCAGUGCUUGAAUACGCCGGGAUCGUAUCGAUGCGACUGCGAGGCCGGAUACGUGGGCAGCCCGCCGCGCAUGGCAUGCAAGCAGCCCUGCGAGGAUGUACGCUGCGGGGCGCAUGCCUACUGCAAGCCGGAUCAGAAUGAGGCGUAUUGCGUCUGCGAGGAGGGCUGGACGUAUAAUCCGAGUGAUGUGGCAGCCGGAUGCGUGGAUAUCGAUGAAUGUGAUUUGUUGCACGGACCCUUCGGCAGCUGUGGACAGAAUGCCACCUGCACGAACUCACCUGGCGGCUACAGCUGCGCCUGUCCGCCGGGCUUCUCGGGUGAUCCGCACACCAAGUGCCAGGACGUGGAUGAGUGCCGAGCGGGAAAUAAAUGUGGCAUAGGCGCUGAGUGCGUCAACAUGGCAGGAGGCGGCUACACCUGCCGCUGCCCCGAUGGCACCCUGCCCGAUCCGGAUCCCGCGGUGCACUGUGCGCCCAUCGUCAGCUGCUCCAGCAACGAGCAGUGCCCCGGCAAUGCCAUCUGCGAUGAGACCAAGCGCUGCCUCUGCCCAGAGCCAAAUAUCGGCAACGAUUGCCGGCAUCCGUGCGAGGCGCGCGACUGCGGUGCCCAUGCCCAGUGCAUGCUGGCCAAUGGGCAGGCGCAGUGCCUCUGCGCGCCCGGCUACACGGGCAACGCUGCACUGCCAGGAGGCUGCAGUGACAUCGACGAGUGCCGCGCCAAUCCCUGCGCAGCCAAUGCCAUCUGCACCAACACUGCCGGCGGCUAUCUGUGCCAAUGCCCCGGAGGCUCCACGGGAGACGCCUAUACCGAGGGCUGUGCCACGCCCAAGAUUGUCGGCUGCUCCGAUGCCAAUCCGUGUGCGCCGGGAGAAAGCUGUGUUCAGGACGCGUUUACAGGCAGCAGUGUUUGCAUUUGUCGCCAGGGCUACGAGCGCAACCCGGAGAAUGGCCAGUGUCAGGAUGUGGACGAGUGUGCCGCACAGCGUGCGAAGCCCGCAUGCGGCCUGAAUGCCUUGUGUAAGAAUCUGCCCGGCAGCUACGAGUGCCGCUGCCCGCAGGGACACACCGGAAAUCCGUUUGUCAUGUGCGAGAUCUGCAGCAGCCCCGAGUGCCAGUGCCAAGCGCCGUACAAGCUGCUCGGCAACAGCUGCGUGCUGGCCGGCUGCUCCACCGGGCAGCCCUGCCCCAGCGGGGCGGAGUGCAUCUCGAUAGCGGGCGGUGUCAGCUACUGCGCCUGCCCCAAGGGCUACCAGACGCAGCCGGACGGCAGCUGUGUGGAUGUCAACGAGUGCGAGGAGCGUGGCGCCCAGCUGUGCGCCUACGGAGCUCUGUGCGUCAAUCAGAACGGCGGCUACAGCUGCCACUGCCCCGAGGGCUACCAGGGCGAUGCCUACAACGGACUCUGUGCGCCGGCCCAGCGCAAGUGCGCCGCGGACAAGGAGUGCGCCAGCAACGAGAAGUGCAUACAGCCGGGCGAGUGCGUCUGCCCGCCGCCCUACUUCCUGGAUCCGCAGGACAACAAUAAGUGCAAGAGUCCCUGCGAGCGCUUCCCGUGCGGCAUCAAUGCCAAGUGCACGCCCUCCGAUCCGCCGCAGUGCAUGUGCGAGGUGGGCUUCAAGGGCGAUCCGCUGCUCGGGUGCACAGAUGAGGAUGAGUGCGCCCACCUGCCGUGCGCCUACGGCGCCUACUGUGUCAACAAGAAGGGGGGCUACCAGUGCGUCUGCCCCAAGGGCUUCACCGGGGAUCCGUACAAGAGCGGCUGCAUCCUAGAGGACAGCAGCGUGCCCAGGAGCUCCUGUCUGAGCAACGAGGACUGUGCCAGCAACCUGGCCUGCCUGGAUGGCAUCUGCGCCAGUCCCUGCGCCAGUCUGCUGUGCGGCUCGAAUGCCUACUGCGAGACGGAGCAGCACGCGGGCUGGUGUCGGUGCCGCGUGGGAUUCGUGAAGAACGCCGACGGCGACUGUGUGUCGCAGUGUCAGGAUGUCAUCUGCGGCGAGGGAGCGCUCUGCAUACCCACCAGCGAGGGACCCACCUGCAAGUGCCCGCAGGGCUACCUGGGUAAUCCGUUCCCGGGCGGCAGCUGCAGCACGGAUCAGUGCUCGGCCUCCAGGCCCUGCGAUGAGCGACAGAUUUGCAUCAACGGACGCUGCAAGGAACGCUGCGACGGCGUCGUCUGUGGCAUCGGUGCCACCUGCGACAAGACCAACGGCAAAUGCGUCUGCGAACCGAACUUUGUGGGCAACCCCGACCUGCUCUGCAUGCCGCCCAUUGAGGAAGCCAAAUGCUCGCCGCUUUGCGGGGAGAAUGCUCACUGCGAAUACGGAAUAGGCCAGAGCCGCUGCGCCUGCAACCCUGGAACCUACGGUAAUCCGUACGAGGGCUGCGGCGCCCAGAAGAAGAACGUCUGCCAGCCGAACAGCUGUGGACCCAACGCCGAGUGCCGCGCUGCCGGCAACCAGAUCAGCUGCAUCUGCCCGCAGGGCUUCAGCGGCAAUCCGUACGUGGGCUGCCAGGACAUAGACGAGUGCGUGAACAAACCGUGCGGCCUGAAUGCCGCCUGCCUGAACACGGCCGGAGGCUUUGAGUGCCUGUGUCUGUCCGGCCAUGCCGGCAACCCGUACAGCAGCUGCCAGCCCAUCGAGAGCCAAUUCUGCCAGGACGCCGGCCAGUGCCAGUGCAGCGAACGAGUCGAGUGCCCCGACGGCUACAGCUGUGAGAAGGGCCGCUGCAAGAACCUUUGCUCGAAUACGGCGUGUGGACCACGCGCCAUUUGCGAUGCGGGCAAAUGCCUCUGCCCGCUGGGCUACGUGGGAGAUGCGUACGACCUGAGCCAGGGCUGCAGCAUACGCGGGCAGUGCGGCAACGACGCCGACUGCCGCCACACGGAGAUCUGCUUCCAGCUGGGCAAGGGCCUGCGCAAGUGCGUCGAUGCCUGCACGAAGAUCCAGUGCGGCCCGAACGCGCUCUGUGUGGCCGACGACCAUCGGUCGCUGUGCAUCUGUGCCGAUGGCUACUUUGGCAAUCCGAGCAAUCUGCAGGUGGGCUGCCAGCCCGAGCGGAAGGUGCCCGACACCGAGAGCAAGUGCACCACGGACAAGGACUGCAAACGGGGCUUUGGCUGCCAGGCGGACGCGCUGGGCACACGGGAAUGCAUUCACCUCUGCUCCAACGUUGUGUGCGGCCCGAACGAGCUCUGCAAGAUCAAUCCAGCCGGCCAUGCCGUUUGCAACUGCGCCGAAAGCUACGUCUGGAAUCCCGUUGUCUCCUCCUGCGAGAAGCCCUCACUGCCCGACUGUACCAGCGAUGAGAACUGCCCGGACGCUUCCGCCUGUCGACCCGACGUGCUCGGAGUGCUCAAGUGCGUGGCCAUUUGCGACGCCUUCACCUGCCCGGCCAACUCGGUGUGCGUUGCCCGCCACCAUCAAGGACGCUGCGACUGCCUCAGUGGAUUUGUGGGCAAUCCCAAUGACCGCAACGGCUGCCAAUUGGAGCGCAAGCAUCAGUGCCGCAGCAAUGCCGAGUGCCCCGAGUCGGAGGCUUGCAUCAAGGAUGAGAGCACGCUGUCGCUGAGCUGCCGCCCGGCCUGCGACAGCGUCAAGUGCGGCCCGCGUGCCGUGUGCAUUACGAACAAUCAUCAGGCGCAAUGCCAGUGUCCUCCGGGACCAUAUGCCGGGGACCCGUACGAUCCGUUCAACGGCUGCAAGAGCGUGCCCUGCGUCUACAAUCACGACUGCCCCAGCAAUCAGAUGUGCAAUCGCAUGACCCACACCUGCUACGAUGUCUGCGACGAGGAGUCCUGCGGAGAGAACGCCAUUUGCCUGGCCGAGGAUCAUCGUGCCGUCUGCCAGUGCCCGCCCGGCUACCGCGGCAAUCCCCUGCCCGAGGUGGCCUGCGUCAAGCAAAGCGGCUGCGCGCCGGGCACCUGCCAUCCGACGGCCAUCUGUGAGGUCACGCCCGAUGGCGCCACCUGCAAGUGCCCGCCCCUGUUUGUGGGCGAGGCCGAGCCAAACACCCGUGGCUGCCGUCCCGAUGGCCAGUGCCCCAAUGGCGAUGCCGACUGCCCCGCGAACACCAUCUGCGCCGGCGGACGCUGCCUGAAUCCCUGCGACAAUGCCUGCGGAUCGAAUGCGGACUGUAAGGUGGUCAAUCGCAAGCCCGUCUGCAGCUGCCCCUUGCGCUUCCAGCCCAUCGGCGACUCGGCCAAGAAUGGAUGCGCACGCAGCGCCUCCAAGUGCCAGACGGACGUCGAUUGCGGCGGAGAGCUGUGCUACAAUGGCCAGUGCCGCGUGGCAUGCCGCAACGGCCAAGACUGCUCCGAGGGCGAGCGCUGCGUGGGCAAUGUCUGCGUGGUGGCCUGCCUGGAUCACAGCCAGUGCUCGAAGGGAUUGGCCUGCAUUGAGGGCCACUGCGCCAUCGGCUGUCGCAGCAACAAGGAGUGCAAGCAGGAGCAGUCCUGCAUCAGCAACAAGUGCGCCGAUCCCUGCCAAUCGACAACGAGCUGCGGCCCCAACGCCCUCUGCAGCAUUGCCCAGCAUCGCAGCCAGUGCAGCUGCCCGGAUGGCUUCGAGGGCAACCCAACGCCCGAGCAGGGCUGCGUGCGCGUGCCAGCCCCCUGCCUCGCCAGCAACCAGUGCCCCAGCGGACACAUGUGCAUCGGCAACCAGUGCAACCUGCCCUGCACCAAGACAGCCGCCUGCGCGGUGGGCGAGCGCUGCUACCAGCAGGUCUGCCGCAAGGUCUGCUACUCGAGCAACAACUGCCUGGCCGGCGAGAUUUGCAACAGCGAUCGCACCUGCCAGCCGGGCUGCGAGUCGGACGCGGAUUGCCCAGCCACCGAGCUGUGCUUGAAUGGCAAGUGCAAGUGCGCCAAUGGAUUCAUCGGCACGCCCUUCGGCUGCUCGGACAUCAACGAGUGCACGGAGCAGCCGUGCCACGCGAGUGCCAAGUGCGAGAAUUUGCCCGGCUCCUAUCGAUGCAUCUGCCCCGAGGGCACCGUCGGCGAUGGCUACACGCAGCAGGGCUGCGUCAAGCCCAGGGAGUGCAACAGGCACGAGGAUUGUGCGAAUAGUCUCGCCUGCAUUCACGGCAAGUGUACGGAUCCCUGUCUGCAUACCGUCUGUGGCGCGAAUGCGCUCUGCCAGGCCGAUGGCCAUGAGGCCACCUGCAGCUGCCCGGCUGGUUACCUGGGCGAUCCCAAUGACCCUGGCGUCGGCUGCUUCAAGGUGGAGUGCAUUGAUCACGUGGACUGCGCCAGCGACCGCGCCUGCGAUCCGGAGACGAACCGUUGCAUCAAACCCUGCGACCUCACCAGCUGCGGCAAAGGCAGCUGCCAGGUGUCGGAUCAUAGGGCCAUAUGCGAGUGCUACGAGGGCUAUCAGCUGACCAAUGGCGUCUGUGUGGAUCUCAACGAGUGCAUGCAGCAGCCCUGCCACAGCACCGCCUUCUGCGACAAUCUGCCCGGCAGCUACCAGUGCAAGUGCCCCGAGGGACUCAUCGGGGAUCCGCUGCAGGCGGGCUGCCGCGAUCCCAGCGAAUGCCUCAGCGAUGCCGACUGCCCGCCCACGGCCAGCUGCCAGAAUUCGCGCUGCCGCAGUCCGUGCGAGCGCGAAAAUGCUUGCGGCCGGAAUGCCGACUGCCUGGCCCAGUCGCACAAGGCCAUCUGCAACUGUCCAGCCAACUCCCGGGGCGAUCCGCAAGUGGAGUGCGUGCACAUCGAGUGCGAGGAUAACGGAGACUGUGGAGCUGACAAGGCCUGCCUCGAUGCCAAGUGCAUUGAUCCCUGCUCGCUGCCGAAUGCCUGCGGCGCUCUGGCACGUUGCUCAGUCCAGAACCACAUCGGACUCUGCGCCUGCGAGUCGGGCAGCACCGGAGACGCCAAACAGGGCUGUGUCCAACUGCAGUACUGCCAGCAGGACGCGCAGUGCCCGCAGGGCAGCAUCUGUGCCCACGGCAUCUGCAGUCCGCUGUGCAGCAGCAAUCGCGACUGCAUUGCGGAGCAGCUGUGCCUGCAGGGCGUCUGCCAGAGCACCUGCAAGUCGAACUCCACGUGCCCCCAGUUCCAGUUCUGCCAGAACAACAUCUGCGCCAAGGAGCUCGAGUGCAGCACCAACAGCGACUGCGGCGAGGACGAAACCUGCCUGGUGGAUGCCUACGGACGUGCGCGCUGCGAGCCCGUUUGCCUGGGCCGCGCCGCCUGCGGACGGAACGCCGAGUGCAUUGCGCGCUCCCACGCCCCCGACUGCGUCUGCAAGGAGGGCUUCAUCGGAGACGCUCGGUCGGGCUGCCGCAAGAUCGAGUGCACCACCGACGACGACUGCUCCAACGACAAGAGCUGCGACAACAACAUGUGCAAGAUUGCCUGCCUGAUCGGGCAGCCGUGCGGCGAGAACGCCCUCUGCACCACGGAGAAUCAUCGUCAGGUCUGCCACUGCCAGCCCGGCUUCAGUGGCGAUCCGCGCGUGCGCUGCGACGUCAUCGACUUCUGCAAGGACGCGCCGUGCGGACCCGGCGCACGUUGCCGCAACUCGCGUGGCUCCUACAAAUGCACCUGUCCGCUCGGUCUCAUCGGUGAUCCCUACAACGAGGGCUGCCGUAGCUCUGUCGAGUGCGACUCGCACGACGACUGUCCCCCGCAUGCUGCAUGUGUCAAGACCAAUGGUGUGCCCAAAUGUCAGGAUGUGUGCGCCCAGCUGCAAUGUGGCCCCAACGCGGAAUGUGUUCCGAAGGGUCACGUGGCGCACUGUGCAUGCCGCAAUGGCUACGACGGCCAACCCGCCGACCGGGUGGCCGGCUGCAAGCCACUGCCAAUGCCCUGCCAAAUCACUAGCGACUGCCCCACCAACACCUACUGCUCAGAUAGCGUAUGUAAACCCGCCUGCCUGCUGGACACCGAGUGCGCCUCCUCGGAGGUGUGCCAGGGCGGCCAGUGCUUUGAUCCCUGCCUGCAGCCGCUGGCAUGCGGCCAGAACGCCCAGUGCCAGAUGCUGAGCCAUGUGAAACAGUGCCAUUGCCCGGAGGGCUUCACCGGCGACGCGACCAAGGAGUGUGUGCGCGUGCCGGUCGCCUGCGACGGCGACUGUGCGCCUGGCUACACCUGCCGCGACUCCAUGUGCCUGCCCGUCUGUCACAGUGAUCUGGAGUGCGCCUCCAACGAGAAGUGCCUGCGCGGCAACUGCAUGCUGACCUGCCGCGUUGACAACGACUGCUUCCUGGGCCAUGUGUGCCUGCACAACAAAUGCGUUUUUGGAUGUCACGUGGAUGAUGAUUGCAGCGCUUCCGAGUCGUGCCGCAACGAUAAGUGCGUCAAUCCCUGUCUGGAGAAUCCCUGUGGACCCAAUGCUGCCUGCUCGGUGUCCAAUCAUCGCGCCAGCUGCAGCUGCCUGGACAACAUGGUGCCUAAUCCCACGGCCCAAGUCGGCUGCGUCCGAUCGCCGCCGCUGGAGUGCCACGAGAACCGCGACUGCAGCAAUGGCUUGGCCUGCUUCGAGUCCGUCUGUCGUCCACUGUGUGCCGACGACGCCGGCUGCUUGACCAACGAGCGCUGCCAGCAGGGCGUCUGCAAGCCGCUCUGCCGCCACGACAACGAGUGUGCCAACGGAGAGGUGUGUCUGGGCCUCAACUGCGUCACGGGCUGCCGCUCCGACCAGGGCUGCCCCAGCCACUUGGCCUGCAUUGGACAGCAGUGCGUGGAUCCCUGCUCGGAGCCAACUGCCUGCGGCACCAAUGCCCUCUGCCAGGCCGUCGAUCAUCGCAAGCAGUGCAGCUGCCCCGCGGGACUCAGCGGCAAUGCUGACGUGGCCUGCAAGACUCCACGCAUCGCCUGCGCUCGCAACGAGGACUGCGGCUCGAACCAGCUCUGCUAUGCGGGCAGCUGCCAGGGCAAGUGCCGCAACGAUCAGAACUGCCUGUCGGAUGAGCGCUGCAUGCGCGGCACCUGCCGCACCGUCUGCAACACGGACAGCGCCUGUGCCCAGGGCCAGAUCUGCGAGAAUCGCGUAUGCCAAACGGGCUGUCGCAACGACCUCAGCUGCGCCAGCGACGAGGCCUGCAUCAACAAGAAAUGCCAGAAUCCCUGCCAGACGCCCGGCCAGUGCGGCCAGUGCGCCGACUGCCUGGUGAUCAAUCACGGCGUGCAGUGCCAGUGUCCGGCCUCCUACAUGGGCGACGGCCUCACGGGCUGCCAGCUGCCGCCGGUGCGCUGCCAUCCGGGCUGCGAGUGCGACGAGAGCGGCGCCUACUGUGCCGCCAAGUGCAGCCGCUCCGAGGACUGCGCGUGCGGACAGCAGUGCGCGCGGGGCAAGUGCCGCAACAAGUGCGGACCCAAGCGCCAGUGUCCGCUGGGUCAGCUGUGCGAGCGCGGCGCCUGCAUCGCGGGCUGCAAAUCGAAUGGAGACUGUGCUGCCGACCAGAGCUGCCAGAAUGGCAAGUGCGUGGAUCCCUGCGCCGAUGAUCGCGCCUGUGGCCGGAAUGCCCUGUGCACGGUGUCGGAGCAUCGCAUGCUGUGCUACUGCCCCGACGGCUACGAGGGCGAGCCCAGCAAGGAGUGCGUCCAGUUCGAGUGCCGCGAGGACAGCGACUGUGAGACGAGCAAACGCUGCGAUCACGGCAAAUGCCGGAAUCCGUGCCUCGAGUACGGCGCCUGCGGCACCAAUGCGCAGUGCCGGGUCAUCAAUCGCAAGGCCCAGUGCUCCUGCCCGCCGGACUUCUUUGGCAAUCCCGCCACCGCCUGCCAGCCCUUGGACGGCGGCUGCUCGAACAAUCCCUGCGGCGUCAACUCCAAGUGCAUCGAGCUGCCCGGCGGCUACGAAUGCGCCUGCAUGGAUGGCUGCAUGGGCGAUGCCCACAAGGGUUGCCUGUGCGAAGGCAAACUGGUGAAUGCCUGCCACGAGCAGCCGUGCGGCCUGAAUGCCGCCUGCCGUGUGCUCAGCAACAAUCAGGCCGAGUGCUACUGCCCCGAGGACUUCCCCAACGGCGAUGCCUAUGUGCAAUGUUAUUUGACGCCACCCCAGGAGGACUGCCGCACGCUCGGCUGCGAGUCCGGCAGCUGUGUGCGCUCCGGCUACGACUAUGUCUGCCAGCAGGACACCGAACAAUGCUACUCAGAUACGGAUUGUCCCAGUGAAAAAUCAUGCCUGCAAGGACACUGCACCGAUCCUUGUACAAUGCGUGGCGCGUGUGGCACAAAUGCGCUGUGUCAGACUGUGCUGCAUCGUCCGCGCUGCUCGUGUCCGAGCUGUCAUAUAGGUCGACCCGAGGUCGAAUGCAAACCGGAUCCGAAAUGUGUGUCCGAAGACACAGACCCCAAGACAAAGGAGCAAAUACCCUGCACAAACGAUGCCGAAUGCCCAGAAACAUUGCAGUGCGGCCAAUACGGCCAAUGCACAGAUCCAUGCAACAAUCCCCUGUUCAUUUGUGAGAGCAACAAAAAGUGCGAGACUCGCCGCCACCAGCCGGUUUGCAUAUGCAAAUCGGGCUUCAUAGUCAACGAGUACGGUGAGUUGACCUGUGCGCCGGAUAAGCGCGAAUGCUAUCGCGAUGAUGACUGUGCCUCGAACAUGGCCUGCACGGAUGGCAAGUGUCGCAACCCGUGCAUCGUGCCGCUGGGCCGUGCCCCAAUCUGUGCCGAGAAUAAGUCGUGCGAGGUGCAAGACCACAAGCCCGUAUGCAUUUGCAUGCGAGACUGCCAGCCAUCGAUAUCGAUAUGUUUGCGUGAUGCUGGCUGUCCAGCGGGCUUGGCGUGUCGUAACUAUCAGUGCGUCGAUCCGUGCAAGUUUGCCACGUGCGCAUCCAACUCGCCAUGCAUUGUCGAGGAUCAUAAGCCGAUAUGUAAAUUCUGCCCAACUGGAUUUAUAGCCGAUGCCAAAUAUGGAUGUCAAAAAGAAAUUGGUUGUGCCUCAAGCGAUGAGUGCCCGACUCAACAGGCCUGCGUGAAUGCACUUUGUGUGGAUCCCUGCGCCUAUGAGAAUCCCUGCGGCCGCAGUGAGGAUUGUCGAGUUAUUGCCCAUCAACCUGUUUGUGCUAGCGUCUGUGAAUGCCAACGUAAAUCUGAUUGUCGGAAAGGUUUCGAGUGUGAUGGAUGUUACUGUCGUGACACAACAGGACGCACACCUGGCUGCGAGCACUGUCCGCCAGGUGCAAAGUGUGAUCCCACAACUGGUGCCUGUAUUAAAGCUAAUGUAACAAUAACAACUAGUACUACCAUGAAAACCACAACGAAACCAACAACAACAUCCAUACAAACAACAACAACAACAGCUAACCCUAUCACUGGCGACGAUAUGUCGCCAAUCUCAAGCAAGGGUACCACCACUAGCACCACCACCACCACCAUAACCACCAUCAUUACUAGCACAGAAAUAAGCACUAACAAGACAAGCACGAGUAAGCCCGACAUUGAAACAACGACCAUGAAAUCGGGUCACACGAAAGGCUAUCGGGAUGGUGAGAACAAUAUAACUGAUACGCCAACGCCAAGGCCGGUGCUCACAACGACCACACUGACCAGCCGAGAUAGUGGCAGGCGCACCACAACACCAAAAAUGAAAACAACUCGACUGGAUACCUCAAACGAGAUCCCAGACACAACAACGAUGACCAGCACGACGCCUUGGCCGACGGAGCUACCGACUAGAGCGGGCACAACAACGGAGGUCUACGAUCUAAUCACAAUGCAAACAACAACUGCCUCUACUCCGCUGGCCAACACAACAGCUAUCACAGUUAUUAACCCAUGUACAAUAGAUACUAACUGUGCUCCUAAUGAGCACUGCAAACUGGGGCAAUGCACACUGAAAGAACCGUCAGGCACACCAAAAACACACGAACCCUGCCAAUCGAACAAUGAUUGCAUUGAAAGCGAAGCUUGCUACAUGGGUUUGUGCCACGAUCCCUGCGAGUUUGCGAAGAUCUGUGCUGCCACGGCCAAGUGCACGGCAAAGAGUCAUCGACCCAUUUGUAGUUGCCCGCAGGGCCACGAGGGCAAUCCGAUGGUCAAGUGUGUGCCAACGCAAAAGUCAAUUGAAUGUACUCACAACUCCGAUUGCGGAAUCACAGAAGCCUGCAUCAAUGAGCGCUGCCAGCAUCCUUGUGAUGUGCACAAUCCGUGUGCCCAAAACGCGGUUUGUAUCAAUGCUAAUCACGCAGCCGACUGCAGCUGCCAGGAUGGCUAUCAGGGCAACGGGCUGGUUGGCUGUCAGCCAGCACGCACCCACGUCUGCCAAUACAACGAGGAUUGUCCAUCAAAUAAGCUGUGCGACCGCCUUAACCGACGCUGCAUAAAUCCUUGCCAAGAGGAUUCGUGCGGAGAGAACGCUGAGUGUGUGCCGGUCAACCACGGCAUCAACUGUCGCUGCUUGCCCGGAUAUUUGGGCAAUGCAUACGUUCUCUGCCAGCAGUCCCUGGGCUGUCGCUCCGAUUCCGAGUGUGAUGCCAGUCAGGCGUGCAUCAAUGGCAAGUGCUCAUCGCCUUGUCAAUGUGGUGCAUUUGCUCUGUGUGAUGUAAUUGACCAUCGAGGCGUAUGCAAGUGCCCACCUGGGUACAAUGGUAAUCCCGAGGUGGGCUGCAGUCCACCACAGAAUCCGUGCGAUCCCAACCCAUGUGGCCUGAACGCUCAGUGCGAACUGGAUAAUGGAAAUCCUAUCUGCUUCUGCCCCAAAGGUCUCACUGGUAACCCCUUCAAGAAUUGCAUUCCUGAGGGAGACGAGUGCACACCCAACCCAUGUGGACCAAACUCUGGCUGCCGCCGGGUUAAUGGUGCUCCCGUUUGCUUCUGUUUGCCCGAAUACGAGGGUCAGCCUCCACAAAUACCUUGCGAGCUUCCAUCAAAUCCAUGCGAGCCUUCGCCUUGUGGUCCCAACACGCAGUGCGCUGUUCUGAGCAACGGAUUCUCGAAGUGCACCUGCCUGCCCGGCUAUGUGGAGAGUCCUAACACUAUUCGCGGCUGCGUCGAACCGAUCAAUCCCUGCGAACCAAAUCCUUGCGGCACUGGUGCCAUCUGUGACUCAUCGCGUCAGCCCGUCUGCUAUUGUCCGGAUAACAAGAUUGGAAAUCCCUUCAGGAUUUGUGAGAAGCCAGCCGUUUCCAUUGAGCUGUGCCAGCCAGGUCCAUGUGGCCGCAAUGCUGACUGUUACGUGGCGGGCAAUCGCGAGGAAUGCUACUGCCGCUCUGGCUACGCUGGAGAUCCCUACCAGGGCUGUAUUGAAACAAGUCGAACUGUGUGCGACCCUAAUCCCUGCGGACCCAAUGCUAACUGCGUUGUUGCUGGUGAUGGCCAAACUGCUUGCGUCUGCCCCGAGGGCUUGUCUGGCGAUCCAACAUCCCUUUUGGGAUGCCACGGCUAUGAAUGUCAAGUGGAUGCUGAUUGCCCACAGAGCAGGGCCUGCAUGGGUUUCCGUUGCUACGAUCCUUGCCCCGGUGCAUGCGGCUACGGAGCCAAUUGCCGUGUGGAACAACAUCAUCCCGUUUGCUCGUGCAAUGCUGGCCUAACAGGUAAUCCUGGCGUGCGUUGCUUUGCUCUGGACCAGCCUAAGGGCAACCCUUGUGUGCCAAGUCCAUGUGGCCUGAACAGCGAAUGCAAGCUGCUGAAUAAUCGGGCUGUGUGCUCAUGCCUGCCUGGAUACUUGGGUGAUCCUAAAUCCGGCUGCCAGCCGGAAUGCGACAUUAACUCCGAUUGCGGAGAAUCGCUCUCCUGUAUCAAUCACAAGUGUGUGGAUCCAUGUGCCGGCACCAUCUGCGGCAUCAAUGCCAUUUGCAACGUCCGCCAACAUACACCAGUGUGCCACUGCCUCGACGGAUUCGCCGGAGAUGCGUUCCUACAGUGUGUGCCGAUAGGUAUCUUAAAGAACAUCUCCCGUGAUCCAUGCGCCCCGUCACCUUGUGGACCAAGUGAUGUCUGCUCUGUAUAUGGCGAUGGUGUAGCACUGUGUGAUCCCUGCUUUGGGCCCAAUGCUCAGCAAAACCCGCGUUGUCGACCGGAGUGUGUUACCAAUUCGGACUGUCCAUUUGACCGCGCCUGUUUGGGACAACGCUGCUUGGAUCCCUGCCCCGGCUCGUGUGGACGUAACGCGAUUUGCAACGUCUACGAGCACAACCCAAUAUGUACUUGCCCCGCUGGACUCUUUGGCAAUCCCUACGAACAAUGCGCCCCACCCUCCCCAAUCGUACCAACCCCAACGGCUAGUUGUGCCAAGCUGCAGUGCGGACCAAACGCCGAUUGCAAACGCCAAAGUGGCGGCUUGGCCUGCAUUUGUCGCAAGGGCUACUUUGGCAAUCCCUACAUCGGCUGCCGCCCCGAGUGCGUGCUCAACAGUGACUGUCCCGCGGACAAGGCGUGCCUCAACUCCAAGUGCGUAGACGCUUGCUCGGGUGUUUGUGGCAUCAAUGCCGUGUGUCGCGUCGUCAAUCAUGCACCGGUUUGUGUCUGCGCCGAUGGCUUUAGUGGCGAUGCCUUCCUGUCUUGCAGUCCCUAUUAUUUGCCGCCACCUACCGAAAGUCGCAAUCCGUGCGAGCCCUCACCCUGCGGUCCCAACUCAAGAUGCUUGGCGUCCGCAGAUGGCUAUGCCGCUUGCUCCUGUCUGCCCAACUUCAAGGGCGCACCGCCCGUCUGUCAGCCGGAAUGUGUGGUCAGCUCGGAGUGCGCUCCCAGCCAGGCGUGCAUCAAUCAACGCUGUGCGGAUCCCUGCCCUGGCACUUGCGGCAUCGGAGCGCGCUGUGAGGUACUCAAUCACAAUCCGAUUUGCUCGUGUGAAUCGCAUUUCGAGGGUGAUCCGUUCGUGGCUUGCUCGCGCGUACCAGAACCGCCACCGGAUGGCAAAUCUCCACAAAAUCCUUGCGUGCCAUCGCCCUGCGGUCCCAACUCAAUCUGCCAAAUCAAACAGAAUCGACCGGUCUGCUCGUGCGUUGCCAACUAUAUAGGCAGUCCGCCAUAUUGCCGACCCGAGUGCACCUUGAGCAGUGAGUGUCCCGCAGACAAGGCAUGCAUACAGGAGAAAUGCCAGAGCCCGUGUACCAACACUUGUGGCCACAAUGCCCGCUGCACGGUCGUUGCGCACUCGGCGCAUUGCAGCUGCGACACAGGUUACGAGGGCGAUGCCUUUGUGGGCUGCUCAAAGGUCAUAACACAGAAACCAGAUGAUCACUACAAUCCCUGCUAUCCGAACCCAUGCGCCGAGAAUGCAGUGUGCACGCCCCAUAAUGGAGCCGCUCGCUGCAGCUGUAUUGAGCCCUACUUUGGGGACCCGUACAGCACUGGCUGCCGACCGGAAUGUAUCUACAAUUCGGAAUGUCCCUCGUCAUUGGCCUGCAUUAAGCAGCACUGCCGCAAUCCUUGCACCGGCGCCUGUGGCCCCAAUGCCGAGUGCGCUGUGGUCAACCACCUGCCCACAUGCAGUUGUACGCGCGGCUUCGAGGGCGAUCCAUUCGUGGGCUGCAAGCGCACUCCUGUGGGACCAAUCAGCGUCUGUGAGCCCAAUCCGUGCGGACCGAACAGCAUAUGCCGCACAAUCGAGGGCCACCCCACAUGCAGCUGCCAGGUCGGCUAUUUUGGAGCACCACCCACAUGCCGGCCCGAGUGCGUGGUCAGCUCUGAGUGUGCACAGAACUUGGCUUGCAUCAAUCAAAAGUGCGCCGAUCCAUGCAGUGGCACAUGCGGCUUCAAUGCCAAGUGCCAGGUGAACAAUCAUAAUCCAAUAUGUACCUGCCCCAAAGACUAUGUCGGAGAUCCAUUUGAGCAAUGUGUGCCCAAACCUGCUGAACGAAUACCGAUUGUGAAUCCCUGCCUUCCCAAUCCGUGUGGACCAAAUGCCUUGUGCCGCGACAUCAACAAUCGCGCCGAAUGCUCUUGCGCGCCGGGCAUGUUCGGAGCGCCGCCCAACUGUCGACCCGAGUGUGUUAUUAACCAGGACUGCCCCUCGAACAGAGCGUGCAUACGGCAACGCUGCGAAGAUCCUUGCGUUGGCACCUGCGGCUUCAACGCGCUCUGCACCACACAGAACCACCAGCCCAAGUGCAGCUGCCUUGAUGGCUAUGAAGGCGAUCCAUACACGGGUUGCAACAUGCAUCAAAUUGUGGUACCCGAUGUACCCUCUGAUCCAUGCUAUCCAUCGCCUUGUGGUGCAAAUGCCGUUUGUCGCGAACGCAACGGUGCUGGCUCAUGCAGUUGCAUUCAGAAUUAUUUCGGAGAUCCAUACAUCAAUUGCCGACCCGAAUGCGUGCAGAAUAGUGAUUGUCCCGGUAGCAAAGCCUGUAUCAAUAUGAAGUGUCGCGAUCCCUGUGCGAAUGCCUGUGGCUUUAAUGCAAUUUGUCGCGUUGCUCACCAUCAGCCCGUGUGCAGCUGUGAGCCAGGCUUUACAGGCAAUCCCCUACGUGCCUGCGUGGAACGGCCCACAAACAUGUACUUACCACUGCCCAAAGAUCCAUGCAGACCCUCACCCUGUGGCCUCUUCAGUACUUGCCAAGUGGUUGGUAGCCGUCCAGUCUGCGCUUGUUUGCCCGACUAUAUGGGCAGUCCACCCAACUGCAAGCCCGAGUGCUUGACAAGUGCUGAGUGUGCCCCAGAUAGAGCCUGUGUCAAUCAGAGAUGCCGCGAUCCCUGCCCCGGCACAUGUGGCUACAAUGCGCGUUGUCGCACAACAAACCACGCACCCAUCUGUAGCUGCUUUGACGGCUAUACUGGGGAUCCCUUCCAUCAGUGCUUGCCACAGCAAAAGCCAAUAGUCGUACCAGAUCCCAUAAGACCCUCAAAUCCUUGCGUGCCAUCGCCGUGUGGUCCCAACUCACAAUGCCAGGUCUCAAGUACCGGUGCCGUCUGUGCGUGCCUCAACAAUUACAUAGGACGUCCGCCAGCUUGUCGUCCUGAAUGUACCAUUAACUCAGAGUGUCCGACGCGUAUGGCAUGCAUGAAUGCACGCUGUGCCGAUCCAUGCAUUGGAUCCUGUGGCAAUAACGCCCUAUGUCAUGUCAGCUUCCAUGCGCCCGUGUGCAUGUGCCAGCCAGGCUACACUGGAGAUCCAUUCUCAGGCUGCUACAAGAUUAUAGAAAUACCUGUCGAAACCACACAACCCUGCCGACCCAGCCCCUGUGGUCUAAAUGCCUUAUGCGAGGAACGUAAUCGCGCCGCAGCAUGUAAAUGUUUGCCCGAAUACUUUGGCGAUCCAUAUGUCGAGUGCCGACCCGAGUGUGUGAUCAACUCCGACUGCCCCAAAUCCCGCGCAUGCGUAAAUCAGAAGUGCGUCGAUCCAUGUCCGGGCAUGUGCGGGCAUAGUGCCCAAUGCGCCGUAUUCAACCAUGCGCCCAACUGUGAAUGCUUGCCGGGCUAUACAGGAAAUCCUAUCGUCGGUUGUCAUCUCGUUCCCGAUAUACCGCGCUAUCCCGAUCCCAUUGUGCCCGAAAAUCCAUGUCAGCCCUCACCAUGCGGUCUAUACAGCAUCUGCCGUGCAGUUAACGGUCAUGCUGUCUGCUCGUGUGUGCCAAACUAUGUGGGCGCACCACCCAACUGCCGACCGGAAUGCAUGAGCAGUUCGGAAUGCAGUCAAGACAAAUCGUGCAUCAAUGAGCGCUGCAAAGAUCCAUGCCCUGGUACAUGCGGCCACAAUGCUUUAUGCCGCGUCGUCAAUCACAAUCCCAUUUGCUCCUGCAGUCCUGGCUACAGUGGCGAUCCGUUCGUACGCUGCCUACCUCAAGAAAAACGACCUAUUGUAAAAGAUCGCAUCGAUCCGUGUGUGCCCUCGCCAUGCGGACCCAACUCGCAGUGCAGGGUGUCGGCUAAUGAGCAACCGGUGUGCUCAUGCUUGCAACAUUAUGUGGGUAGGGCGCCAAAUUGCCGGCCAGAGUGCACCUCGAACUCCGAGUGCGCUGGCAACUUGGCUUGCAUCAAUUUGCGCUGUCAGAAUCCAUGUGUGGGCACCUGUGGCAUUCAGACCACAUGCCUUGUAAAUAAUCAUAGACCAAUUUGCCGUUGCCUUGAAGGCUAUGUUGGCGAUCCAUUCUCUGAGUGUAGUCCACAAAUUAUUGUGCCGCCGGAAAUUGCGGAGCCCUGCAAUCCCAGUCCGUGUGGUGCCAACGCUGUUUGCAAGGAACGCAACGGCGUCGGCUCCUGCACGUGUCUGCCCGAUUACAGUGGCGAUCCGUACACUGAAUGCCGUCCGGAAUGUGUACUCAAUAACGACUGCUCCAAGAACCGCGCCUGCCUCAAUAACAAGUGCAGAGAUCCCUGUCUAGGAGUUUGCGGUGUUGCCGCUGAAUGUCACGUCAUCAAUCAUUCGCCCAGUUGCAGUUGUCCAGCCGGUUAUACGGGCAAUCCCUCACAGUAUUGCCGUGAAAUACCCAAAUUGGCACCGCCUGUCCAACCAUGUCAGCCAUCGCCAUGCGGCCCCUAUAGCCAGUGCCGCGAGGUGAAUGGGCAUGCCGUCUGUUCGUGCAUUGCCAAUUAUAUUGGUGCACCGCCCGCCUGCCGUCCCGAGUGCUCGGUUAGCUCCGAGUGCGCGCAAGAUAAGGCGUGCGUGAAUUUGCGCUGUGUAGAUCCAUGUCCAGGCACCUGCGGUAAUGAGGCCGUGUGCAAGGUGACCAAUCACAAUCCCAUUUGCUCAUGCCCAGCUGGCUAUAGUGGUGAUCCGUUUGUGCGGUGCACACCGUGGCAACCGGAGCCCGAAACUCCAAAGUCCAACGAAAAUCCAUGCGUGCCCAGCCCUUGCGGUCCCAACUCACAGUGCCGCGUGGUUGGAGAGACGGGUGUCUGCUCCUGUUUGCCAAACUAUAUUGGACGUGCGCCAAACUGUCGUCCAGAAUGUACGCAAAAUUCUGAAUGCGCUGGUAAUCUGGCUUGUAUUAACGAGCGCUGCAAGGAUCCCUGUCCCGGCUCGUGCGGUUUCAAUGCUUUCUGCAAUGUUGUAAAUCACUCACCUGUUUGCACCUGUGAGAGCGGCUACUCGGGUGAUCCGUUUGCUGGCUGUAAUCCGCAACCUAUUACCGUGCCCGACGAACGCUUAACACCCUGUGUACCCUCGCCCUGCGGCCCCAAUGCAGAGUGCCGUGAACGCAAUGGCGCCGGCUCCUGUACAUGCUUGCCAGAAUAUUUUGGUGAUCCGUACAGCGGCUGCCGUCCAGAGUGUGUGGUGAACAGUGAUUGCCCACGCGAUAGAUCUUGCAUCAACCAGAAAUGCGUGGACCCUUGUCCAGGUGUUUGUGGCUUGAAUGCAGAAUGCCGCGUGGCCAAUCACUUGCCCAGCUGCCUCUGUCUGGCCGGCUACACUGGAAACCCAUCGAGCGCUUGCCGUGAAAUAAUCGAACUGCCUGAACCACCCAAAGCCAAUGAUAAUCCCUGUGUGCCUUCCCCUUGUGGUCCAUACAGUCAAUGUCGGGAAAUAAACAACCAUGCCGUGUGCUCGUGUCAGCCCGGCAUGAUUGGCUCAGCGCCUAAUUGCAGGCCUGAGUGCAUAGUUAGCUCAGACUGCGCCCAAGAUCUCAAUUGUCAGAAUCAGAAGUGUGUGGAUCCAUGCCCAGGCACUUGCGGCAUUGAGGCCCGUUGCCAGGUCAUUAAUCACUACCCUGCAUGUUCCUGUGCCCCAGGCUACACUGGAGAUCCUUUCAAUCGAUGCACUCGAAUUAUAUUGGAGGAAACACCCAAAGAACCUGGUAAUCCCUGUGUGCCCUCGCCCUGCGGACCCAACUCGAAAUGCGUCGAUAUACGCGGUUCGCCUGCAUGCUCCUGCCUGCCCGAUUACCUCGGCCGGCCACCCAACUGCCGACCCGAAUGCAUGACUAGUUCCGAUUGUCCAGCCAACUUGGCAUGUGUUAACCAGCGCUGUGCAAACCCAUGUAUCGGUGCAUGCGGCAUACACACGCAGUGUACUGUUAUUAAGCAUAAUCCGAACUGCCAAUGCGAGCCUGGUUACACCGGAGAUCCUUUCUCCGGCUGUGCCAUUAUACACCAAAUCACGCCAACGGAAGCCUCACGCAAUCCCUGUAAUCCAAGCCCAUGCGGCGCCAAUGCCGUGUGUCGUGAACGCAACAACGCCGGUUCGUGUUCCUGUCUGCCCGAGUACUUCGGGGAUCCGUACAGCGGUUGUCGUCCGGAAUGCGUACAAAAUCCCGACUGCGACCGCUCACGCGCUUGCAUUAACAACAAGUGUCAGGAUCCAUGUCCAGGUGCAUGCGGCAUCAAUGCCGAGUGCCGCGUGUUGAAUCACGCGCCCAACUGUAUGUGCUUUGAUGGAUACACUGGGGAUCCGCAUCACUCUUGUUCGAUAAUUGAAGUCGUUACCCGUCGUCCCGAAAAUCCAUGCCAGCCCUCACCAUGUGGACCCAAUAGCCAGUGUCAUGAUACCAACAGCCAUGCGGUCUGCAGCUGCCUGGAAGGAUACAUUGGAGCACCACCGAACUGCAAGCCUGAAUGUGUGGUCAGCUCAGAGUGUGCACAGAAUCGUGCAUGCAUCAACCAGAAGUGUGCUGAUCCGUGCCGCGGUGCUUGCGGAGACAAUGCCAAAUGCCAAGUGGUCAACCACAAUCCCAUCUGUAGCUGUGUACCAGGCAUGACGGGUGAUCCUAUCUCCGGAUGUGUACCAGAUGUGGGCAAGAGCACAGAAAAUCCAUGCGUGCCCUCACCUUGUGGACCGAACUCGAUUUGCCGUGAAAUCGGACAACAAGCUGCCUGCUCAUGUCGGGCCAACUAUAUUGGACGUCCGCCCAGCUGUCGGCCAGAGUGCACCACCAACGACGAAUGCCAAAAUCAUCUAUCCUGCCAACAGGAGCGCUGCGUUGAUCCUUGCCCUGGCUCGUGCGGCAGCAAUGCCAUUUGCCAGGUGGUUCAACACAAUGCAGUUUGCUCCUGUGCCGAUGGCUAUGAGGGCGAUCCGCUAUUCGGCUGUCAGCUCAUACCACCAGUAUUACCCACGCAACCACCAUCAUCACCAUGCGAGCCUUCGCCCUGUGGUCCACACGCCGAGUGCCGCGAACGCAACGGUGCCGGCGCAUGCUACUGCCAUGACGGCUUCGAGGGAAAUCCCUACGAUGCGCAGCGAGGCUGCCGUCGCGAGUGUGAGACGAACGAUGAAUGCAGCCCAGCACAGGCAUGCGUGCGCUUCAAGUGCAUUGACCCAUGCGCAAAUAUGUGCGGUGAAUAUGCGAUCUGCACGGUAGACAACCAUGUGCCCACCUGUGUUUGCCCGGACGGCUACAGCGGCGAUCCAUUCUUUAGCUGCCGACCUGUGCCGGUUACACCACCGCCACCUAUUAAUCCGUGUGUGCCAUCGCCUUGCGGCCCCAACAGCAAUUGUCGCAGCAUGAACAACCAAGCUGUGUGCUCUUGCCAAUCAGGAUUCGUGAACCAACCACCAAACUGCCGUCCCGAGUGUGUUGUCAGCGCGGAAUGCGCCCCAGAGCGUGCUUGCGUCAACAACAAGUGCGUGGAUCCCUGCCUGCACACGUGUGGCAUUCGUGCCAUCUGCAGCACCAAGAAUCACAGUCCUAUUUGCACCUGUCCGCGCGGAAUGACUGGCGAUCCGUUCGUACAAUGUACCAAGAUACCGAUUACAAACGAUGUGACCACGCCUGAACCACCUGCACCUUCCUGCGUGCCCUCGCCUUGCGGCCCCAAUGCGAAAUGUCAAAUCGUGGGCGGCAGUCCAGCAUGCUCUUGCCUGCCAGACUUUAUUGGCGCGCCGCCACGUUGCCGACCUCAGUGCGUUUUGAACUCAGAGUGCGGCCCCACGGAGGCGUGCAUCAAUCAAAAGUGUCGCGAUCCCUGCCCUGGCUCGUGCGGCUUUGAAGCCAAGUGCCAUGUGCUUAACCAUCUACCAAUAUGUAACUGCAUCGACGGCUUCACUGGCGAUCCGUUUGUGCGCUGCAGCAAGCUACCAGAAGAAAAGGUUGUCUCACGACCCGAUGAUCCAUGCAGUCCCAGUCCCUGCGGACCCAAUGCUGAUUGCUUUGCCGGUGAGUGCCGCUGUCAGAACAACUAUCAAGGUAAUCCCUACGAGGGCUGUCGUCCCGAAUGCACACUGUCUGCGGACUGUUCACGGGAUAAGGCUUGCAUGCGCAACAAGUGUGUGGAUCCCUGCCCAGGAACAUGUGGAAAUAACGCCAUUUGCGAAGUUAUGAAUCACAUACCCGUCUGUUCCUGCCAGCAAGGCUAUGAGGGUGAUCCGUUCACUAAUUGCCGACCAAAACCAAUCGACCCUGUGGAAGAGCCCAAACCCUGCUCACCCUCGCCAUGCGGUGCCAACAGCCAGUGUCGCGAUAUUAAUGGACAUGCGGUGUGCUCCUGCCUGGAAGGCUUCAUUGGAGCGCCGCCACAAUGUCGACCAGAGUGUGUCGUUUCCAGCGAGUGCUCAGCAGUGCAAGCGUGUGUCAACAAAAAGUGCGUAGAUCCCUGUGCUGGUGCCUGUGGCAUUGAAGCGCGCUGUGAGGUUAUCAAUCACAGUCCCAUAUGCGGCUGUCCUCCAGGCACAACUGGAGAUCCAUUCAAGGGCUGCACCGAAAUACCCAUGCAGAAAGAUGUGGAUCAAAAGCCGCCGCCCAGCGAUCCAUGCGUGCCAUCGCCCUGUGGACCCAACUCGAUAUGCAAAGCUGAUAACAAGGGACCCGUUUGCCAAUGCCUGCCAGAGUACUUUGGAGCUCCGCCCAACUGUCGAGUCGAAUGUAUCAUCAAUCCAGAUUGUCCGUCGACACAGGCAUGCAUAAACAACAAGUGUCGCGAUCCCUGUCCCGGAUCCUGUGGCACGAACUCCGAGUGCCGCGUUAUUGGCCACUCUGUUUCGUGCUCAUGUCCGCCCGGAUAUGCUGGCAAUGCUUUCGUACAGUGCGUGCAGCAGCGUGAAGAGCAACCGAAGCCAUGCGAGCCCUCCCCAUGUGGCGCCAACGCUGAAUGCAUUGAACGUAAUGGCGCUGCCGCCUGCAAAUGCAUUGACGAAUAUCAGGGCAAUCCCUACGAGGGCUGUCGACCAGAGUGCGUGCUCAGCUCGGACUGUUCCACGGAUAAGGCUUGCAUAAGGAACAAAUGUCAGGAUCCGUGCCCGGGCAUCUGUGGCUCCAAUGCUCAGUGCUAUGCUAUCAAUCAUGUGCCCAACUGCGUUUGCAACGACGGAUAUACGGGUGAUCCGUUCUCCAAUUGCCGCCGUGUUGAAGUAACUCCCCCACCAACUGUUGCCGAUCCAUGCAGCCCGUCGCCUUGUGGCCCUAACAGCAAGUGCCGCCUGGCCAAUGGCCUAGCUGUAUGCUCUUGCCUGGAUACCUUUAUUGGUGCACCGCCCAACUGCAAGCCAGAGUGUACAGUGAAUGCUGAAUGCCCACAGAACAAGGCGUGUCAUAAGUUCCGCUGCGCAAAUCCAUGCGCCGGCACUUGCGGCAUUGAUGCCAAGUGUGAGGUCAUCAAUCACAAUCCCAUCUGCAGUUGCCCCAUCGACAUGACUGGCGAUCCGUUUGCGCGCUGCUAUCCAGCACCGGAAGUUGCUGAACCAAAGGACGCCCCCAAGAACCCAUGCCAGCCCUCGCCUUGCGGACUUUAUUCCGAGUGCCGUGUGCGCGGCGAUCAGGCAUCCUGCUCUUGUUUGCCAAACUACAUUGGAGCACCGCCUAAUUGCCGAGCCGAGUGUGUUGUGAACACUGAUUGCGUCUCAGAUCGUGCUUGUAUUGCAGAGAAGUGCCGCAAUCCCUGUGAAGGAUCUUGCGGUAUUAACUCCGAGUGCCGCGUUCAAAAUCACCUGGCCAUAUGUACGUGCCGCGGCAGCUUUACUGGCGAUCCGUUUGUGCAAUGUGUCGAAGUUGUUGAAAAGACAACACAGCCACCUCCCACAUCACUGGAUCCGUGUGAUCUCCAACCAUGCGGUGCCAAUGCCGAAUGCAAUAACGGAAUCUGUAGCUGCCUACCUGAAUAUCAGGGUGAUCCCUACACCGGCUGCCGUCCAGAGUGCACGCUCAGCACAGAUUGCUCGCCAAAUAAGGCUUGCCUGAACAAGAAGUGCGUCGAUCCGUGCCCCGGAACCUGUGGACAGAAUGCACAAUGCGAUGUUUCAAAUCAUAUACCUAUCUGCAGCUGCCUACAAGGCUACACGGGUGAUCCGUUUGUCCAUUGCCGUCAAGAGACGCCGGUGGCCAAGGAUCCUUGCCAACCGAACCCAUGUGGACCCAAUAGCUUAUGCCACGUCUCUGCUCAGGGUGCUGUUUGUGCCUGCCAGCCGGGCAUGCUGGGCUCACCACCCGCUUGCAAGCCCGAAUGCAUUGUCAGCUCAGAGUGUUCCCUGCAAACGGCCUGCAUACAAAAGAAGUGUGUCGAUCCUUGCCCAGGAGCUUGCGGUCAGUUCGCUCGCUGCCAAGUGAUCAAUCACAAUCCGUCGUGCUCAUGCAACACUGGUUAUACGGGUGAUCCGUUCACACGCUGCUACCAGGAGGAGCGUAAGCCCCCACCAGAGGCUCCCAGCCAUCCUUGCGUGCCAUCCCCAUGUGGACCGAAUUCAGAGUGCAAAGAACUUAACGGAAAUCCAGCCUGUUCGUGUGCGGCAACAUUCAUUGGCACACCACCCAACUGUCGACCCGAGUGCACCAUUAAUCCGGAAUGUUCGCCAACUAAAGCUUGCAUACGUCAGAAGUGCGCCGAUCCUUGCGUGGGCGCCUGCGGCUUCAAUGCCCGCUGCAACGUGGCCAAUCAUCAACCCAUCUGCACAUGCGAUGUGGGCUACACAGGAGAUCCUUUCACCGGUUGUCAACAGGAACAAGAGAAAAUAGUCAAUGAACAGGUCACACCAUGUGAACCAAAUCCCUGUGGAUCGAACGCCGUUUGCCGUGAGCGCAAUGGCAUUGGUGCCUGCCAGUGCCUGCCCGAUUACUUUGGCGAUCCGUACCAGUCGUGUCGACCGGAAUGCGUACGUAAUUCCGACUGUCCAUCGAAUAAGGCAUGCCAGCAGCAAAAGUGUCGCGAUCCCUGCCCUGGCACAUGUGGUACAAAUGCCGAUUGCCGAGUAACGGCACAUCUACCCACGUGCACGUGCCGCAGCGGCUACACCGGUGAUCCGUAUCGUUACUGCCAUGUGGAACCCGCUCAACCUAUACGGCAAGCCGAACCCACUCAACCCUGCCGACCCUCACCUUGUGGCCCCAAUUCCCAGUGCCGCGAGCUUAACGGCCAAGCGGUAUGCUCCUGUCUUGAACUGUAUAUCGGUCUACCACCCAACUGUCGACCCGAGUGUGUAUUGAGCACCGAAUGUCCCACUGAUAAAGCAUGCAUAAGUCAACGUUGUCAGGAUCCUUGCCCGGGCACCUGCGGUAUUAAUGCCGAGUGCCGUGUGCGUAAUCAUAGUCCACUUUGUCAGUGUCGUCGAGGUUUUACGGGCGACGCCUUUACACGUUGCUAUGCUAUGCCACCACCAGCACCUGUCAUUGAACGUGUUGAACGCGAUCCUUGUGUACCCACACCCUGUGGGCUCAAUAGUCAGUGUCGUAAUGUGCAAGGAGUUCCAUCUUGCACCUGUCUACCGGAAUACAUAGGCACGCCGCCAAAUUGCCGACCCGAAUGCACUAUCAGUGCCGAGUGCGCCUCAAAUAUGGCGUGUAUUCGCGAAAAUUGUAUAGAUCCAUGUCCCGGCUCUUGCGGCUAUGCUGCGGAAUGCAAUGUUGUCAAUCACACACCCAUAUGUACAUGUCCAACAGGUUAUACAGGCGAUCCGUUUAGCAGCUGUCGUCUGGCUCCACCAGAGCCUGUGUUAAACGAAUACGUUGACCGCUGUCAACCAUCACCGUGUGGUCCGAAUGCGCAAUGCAGGGACGGUGUAUGCACAUGUUUGCCCGAGUUCCAUGGGGAUCCCUAUUCUGGUUGUCGACCAGAAUGUGUCCUCAAUUCCGACUGCCCGCGCGAUAAGGCCUGUCUGCGCAGCAAAUGUCUCAAUCCGUGCCCGGGCACUUGUGGCGAGAACGCUAUUUGCGAUGUAAUCAAUCAUAUACCCAUGUGUAGAUGCCCAGAUGGUACCGCAGGCAGCGCCUUUAUACGCUGUACACCCGUGCCGAAAAUUGUUGUGGACACUAAUCCUUGCCGACCAUCGCCUUGUGGUCCAAAUUCUCAGUGCCGCGAAGUCAACCAGCAGGCUGUAUGUUCUUGUUUGCCAACGUUCAUUGGCGCUCCACCCACGUGUAGACCAGAAUGUACUUCCAAUGCUGAGUGUGCACCCACUCAAGCGUGCCUUAAUCAGCGUUGUGGUGACCCAUGUCCUGGUACAUGUGGUGUGGGCGCCGAUUGUGCGGUUGUCAAUCACAGUCCUUUCUGCACCUGCCCCACGCGUUUCACCGGAAAUCCCUUUAUACGUUGCCAGCCACAAAUCGAACCUGUGCGCGAUGUUCAGCCAAUCGAUCCAUGCCGGCCGUCCCCCUGCGGCCCCUACUCGCAAUGUCGACCUAUUGGAGAAGCACCAGCUUGUUCCUGUCUCGAAACUUAUAUAGGGCGUCCACCAAACUGUCGACCAGAGUGUGUCACCAGCUCAGACUGCAAUAGCCAACUGGCUUGUAUUAACCAGAAGUGUGUUGAUCCAUGCCCAGGCCGCUGUGGUCUGAAUGCUGACUGCCGUGUCGUCAGUCAUGUGGUACAGUGCAUCUGCCAGCAGGGCUUCACUGGUGAUCCAUUUGUCCAAUGCAGUCCAGAAAUCGAACGAGAUAUCGAAGUGCGUACACCAUGCAGCCCGAGCCCAUGUGGGGCGAAUGCUAUUUGUCGCGAACGAGAUGGAGCUGGAUCUUGUCAAUGUCUCCCUGAAUACUUUGGCAAUCCCUACGAUGGUUGUCGUCCCGAGUGUGUUCUUGAUUCCGAUUGUCCAUCGAAUCGUGCCUGCCAACAGCAAAAAUGUCAGGAUCCGUGCCCUGGCACCUGUGGUCGAAAUGCCAAUUGUCAAGUAGUCAAUCACCUACCAUCCUGUAAUUGUCUACCUGGAUACAUUGGCGAUCCGUAUCGUCUUUGUACACGUCCUGUGAAACCUAUACGCAAUGAAUACACUAAUCCAUGUCAGCCCACGCCGUGUGGUCCCAACUCGCAGUGUCGCGUUACAAAUGAACAAGCCGUCUGUUCUUGUCUACCCGCGUUCAUUGGUGCCCCACCCGCCUGUCGACCCGAGUGCACCAUCUCCUCGGAAUGUGCUGGAGACAAGGCCUGUCUGAAUCAGAAAUGUGUUAAUCCCUGCGUGGCCAACACCUGUGGAAACAAUGCAAUUUGUCGAGUUCGCAACCACAGUCCAAUCUGCAGUUGCAUCAGUGGAUUCACUGGUGAUGCCUUUACCCAAUGCUUCCCUAUACCACCCCGGCCAAUCGAGGUCCAACCAGAGCCUUUGCGCGACCCCUGCGUGCCCACACCCUGUGGUCCACACUCUGAAUGUCGCAACAUUAAUGGAGUUCCAGCGUGUUCCUGCUUAGCUACGUUCAUUGGCCAGGCACCCAACUGUCGUCCAGAGUGCACCAUUAAUUCCGAGUGUCCCAGCCAGCAGGCAUGCAUUAAUCAGAAAUGCCGCGAUCCCUGUCCAGGCGCCUGUGGUUUAAAUGCAAUUUGUAGUGUUAUAAACCAUACACCGUUAUGUGCUUGCAUUGACGGCUAUGUUGGCAAUCCGUUUACGAAUUGCAAUCCAAAGCCACCUCAGCCAACUGCACCUCCUGUUAGGGACGAUCCUUGCAAUCCAUCGCCAUGUGGUGCCAAUGCACAAUGUAAUGAUGGUAAAUGUACCUGUAUAGCCGAAUACCAGGGUGAGCCAUAUGUAGGCUGUCGCCCAGAGUGUGUUCUCAACACAGACUGCCCACAGAACCGUGCAUGCAUUCGUAAUAAAUGCAUCGAUCCUUGCCCCGGCACCUGUGGAGUGAAUGCAAUUUGUGAGGUGACAAAUCAUGUGCCUAUCUGUCGAUGCCCUGAACAAAUGUCAGGCAAUGCAUUCUUUGAAUGCCGCUCAGUGCCAGCACCUGCGCCCCAGAAUCCCUGCCAACCAUCACCUUGUGGACCUAAUAGUCAAUGUCGUGUUGUGCAAGAAACCGCCGUCUGCUCUUGUCUGAUUGACUAUGUAGGCAGUCCGCCGCAAUGUCGUCCAGAAUGUGUUACCAAUUCAGAUUGUGCAGCCAACCAAGCAUGCCAGAACAUGAAGUGCCGCGAUCCUUGUCCCGGCACUUGCGGCUUCAAUGCUCUAUGCAAUGUGGUGAACCACAGUCCUUUCUGCAGCUGCCCCGCUGGCAUGUCAGGCAAUCCUUUCGUGCGCUGUGAACAGAUUAUAGUUCCCCAACGUGAUGUCACACCUCAAAAUCCAUGUCAACCCUCGCCAUGUGGCCCCAACUCUGAGUGUCGUGUCUCAGGUGAUUCGCCAUCCUGUUCUUGUUUGCCUGAAUUUUUGGGGUCUCCGCCAAACUGCCGACCAGAAUGCAUAUCUAAUUCAGAGUGUGCUACCAACCAGGCGUGCGUUAAUCAGAAAUGCGUGGAUCCAUGUCCAGGACUAUGUGGGCUCAAUGCGAACUGUCGCACUUUCAGCCAUACAGCCAUGUGCCUUUGUGAAAGCGGAUUCACUGGCGAUCCCUUUGCCCAGUGCAGCCCCAUAAGAGAAACACAGAACGAACGGAUACAGCCAUGCAACCCAAGUCCGUGCGGCAUCAAUGCGAAAUGUGAAGAACGUGGCGGAGCUGGCUCAUGCCGGUGUCUUCCUGAAUACUUUGGAAAUCCUUACGAGGGCUGCCGGCCGGAGUGCGUAGCCAACUCAGAUUGUCCUUCAAAUAGAGCUUGUCAGCAGCAGAAAUGCCGCGAUCCCUGCCCUGGCACAUGUGGACAGAACGCCGAGUGCCAAGUUAUUAAUCACUUGGCCACAUGCAAUUGUCUGAAUGGCUACACUGGAGAUCCGUACAGCAUUUGCCGCAUUAUAGAAAACGAACCACCCGAACGUGUCUAUGUGAAUCCCUGUCAACCAUCACCUUGUGGACCUAAUUCGCGCUGCCGAGAAGUUAACGGGCAAGCUGUCUGCUCCUGUCUAGCUGAGUUCAUUGGCAGUCCACCAGCUUGUCGGCCCGAAUGUACCAGUAGCUCCGAAUGCGCUGCUGAUAAGGCUUGUGUGAAUCGAAAAUGUGUUGACCCAUGUCCCAAUGUCUGUGGUCAACAGGCCGAAUGCCGUGUACGCAACCACAGUCCUAUCUGCACUUGCAUAAAUGGAUUUACAGGCGACGCCUUUACACGUUGCUAUAAACUGCCUCCUCCCAUUGUGACAAUUGAACGAGAACCUAUUGAUCCCUGUGUUCCAUCGCCUUGUGGUGCAAACUCACAAUGUCGCGAUGUUUAUGAAACACCAUCAUGUUCUUGCCUGCCAAAUUAUCUGGGCACUCCACCAAACUGCCGACCAGAGUGCUCUAUCAAUGCCGAAUGCCCGAGUCAUCAAGCAUGCAUAAAUCAAAAAUGUCGCGACCCUUGCCCUGGUUCCUGUGGCCUAAAUACACAGUGCAAUGUGAUCAAUCACACACCGAUUUGUAGUUGUCUGGUUGGUUAUAUUGGUGAUCCCUUCGUUGUUUGUAAUCCAGAACCACCUCAAAGAAUUGAAGACCCGCCAGUACCUCAGGAUCCUUGCAACCCUUCGCCAUGUGGCGCUAAUGCCCAAUGUCGCAAUGGUCAAUGCACCUGCAUUCCUGAAUACCAAGGAGAUCCUUUUGUGGGUUGUCGCCCAGAAUGUGUACUGCACACAGAUUGCGCCCGCAAUCUUGCCUGUGUGCGUCAUAAGUGUGUGGAUCCAUGUCCAGGCACUUGUGCGACCACUGCCAUUUGUGAGGUACUCAAUCACAUACCCAACUGCCGUUGUCCAGAUGGCAUGGAAGGCAAUGCGUUUGUCUCUUGCAGCCCAGUGCAACAACUCGACGUCGUUCAAAAUCCUUGCCAGCCAAGCCCUUGCGGACCAAACUCACAAUGUCGCGUGGUAAAUCAACAGGCCAUCUGCUCUUGCAUCACGUCUUUUAUCGGUAGCCCACCAUUCUGUCGACCUGAAUGCACAUCGAACUCGGAAUGCCCACUGAACUUGGCUUGUCUUAAUCAGAAGUGUAGCGAUCCAUGUCCUGGUGUCUGUGGUCGCAAUGCCCAGUGCCAUGUGACUAACCACAGUCCAUUCUGUCGUUGUCUGGAUCGCCAUACGGGCAAUCCAUUUGUUAGCUGCCAGCCGAUUAUUGAGCCCCCAACUCCGCCACCGCGCCAAGCCUGUCAGCCAUCACCUUGUGGACCUUUUGCCGAGUGCCGUGAGGUAAACGAGACACCUUCUUGCACUUGCCUGCCAAACUACAUUGGAGCACCGCCGAACUGUCGCCCAGAGUGUGUUACCAGCUCGGAAUGCCCAACAAAUCAGGCUUGUAUACAACAAAAGUGUCGGGAUCCUUGUCCUGGUUUAUGCGGGCAGGCUGCUGUAUGCCGAGUACUUUCACAUACGCCAAGUUGCUACUGCCCCGACAAUAUGGAGGGUGAUCCCUUCGUACAGUGUGUGGAAAAAAGAAUUCAGCAAUUGGAUCAGUUGGAUCCAUGCAAUCCAAGUCCAUGUGGCGCAAAUGCUCGAUGCACAUCCCGACAGGAUGCUGGCUCAUGUCAAUGCCUGACAGGUUACUUUGGAAAUCCGUACGAGGGAUGCCGACCAGAAUGUGUGCUCGACUCUGAUUGUCCAUCGAACCGUGCCUGCCAGCAACAAAAGUGUCAAGAUCCGUGCCCCGGAACCUGUGGUCCGAAUGCUGUCUGCAAUGUGCUCAAUCAUGUGCCCAGCUGCAGCUGCUUAAUUGGUUACAGUGGUGAUCCAUAUCGCCUAUGCCAACAAGAAAGGCAACCUAUCAAGCAAUAUGUGAAUCCCUGCCAGCCCUCUCCCUGUGGCCCCAAUUCUCAGUGUCGAGAGAGUAAUGAACAGGCGGUUUGCUCAUGCUUGCCCGAGUAUGUGGGUGCACCACCAACCUGUCGACCUGAGUGUACAAUCUCGUCUGAGUGUGCGGCAGACAAGGCCUGUGUGGCCAAGAAGUGUGUUGAUCCCUGUCCAGGCACUUGUGGUGAUCAAGCUUUAUGCCGUGUAGUUAAUCAUAGUCCAAUUUGCUCGUGUCGCACUGGUUUUACGGGCGAUGCUUUCUACCGCUGUCUACCCAUACCUCCGGCUCCGCCUACUACAAUUGUGCAAAAACAACCGAUCGACCCUUGUGUGCCCUCACCUUGCGGAUCUUACGCUGAGUGCCGUCCACGUGGUGAAGCACCAUCCUGCUCCUGUUUGCCCGGUUAUUUGGGAGUACCACCUAACUGCCGCCCCGAGUGUCGAAUCAACUCAGACUGCCCCAGCAGUCAGGCUUGCAUUAAUGAAAAGUGUCGCGAUCCCUGUCCAGGUUCCUGUGGCUUUGGUGCCAUUUGUAAUGUCAUAAAUCAUACACUCAGUUGCACUUGUCCAGCUGGUUAUACCGGGGACGCCUUUAGUCACUGUCAACCGGAACCACCACCAAAACCUGUAGAAUCCGACGAUCCUUGCAAUCCUUCGCCAUGUGGUCCAAACGCUGUAUGCAGAGCCGGUGUGUGCUCCUGUCUGCCAGAGUAUCUAGGCGAUCCUUACAGCGGUUGUCGACCUGAAUGCCUUACUAGCUCAGAUUGCCCGCGAGAUAGAGCAUGCGGUCUUCACAAAUGUUUCGAUCCCUGUCCAGGGACAUGCGCUCCAAAUGCGCUGUGCACCGUGCUUAACCACAUACCGAUGUGUACAUGUCCUGAAGGUUAUGCAGGAAAUGCAUUCCUGCAGUGUCAUCCAAUACCACCGCCUGCCAUUGUACAACCCUGUCAGCCGUCGCCUUGUGGACCGAAUUCACAAUGCCGAGAGGCGAAUCAGCAAGCUGUCUGCUCCUGUGUGCCUGGCUAUAUUGGCACACCACCACUUUGUCGUCCAGAGUGCACUAGUAACUCGGAAUGUGCUGCCCAACUAGCUUGUGUCAAUCAAAAGUGUAUCGACCCGUGCCCGGGUGCUUGUGGUCGCAGUGCCCAGUGUAGUGUAGUCAAUCAUAAUCCCUUCUGUACCUGCUUGCCUCACUAUACGGGUAAUCCGUUUGUGGGCUGCCAACUAAUUGUUGAGCCCCCUCAACGUGACAUUGAGCCCCAAGAUCCAUGUCGUCCAUCACCUUGUGGCGCUAAUGCCGAAUGUCGCGCUAUUGGGGAGACACCGUCAUGCACUUGUCUAGCAGGAUAUGUGGGCUCACCGCCUUAUUGCAAGCCCGAAUGUGUCGCGAACUCCGAAUGCCCCAGUAAUCGUGCGUGUAUAAAUCAAAAAUGCCGCGAUCCGUGCCCUGGUCUUUGUGGAGCCAAUGCUAUUUGUCGCGUUGUCUCACAUACGCCUAUGUGUGUUUGUGACGCCGGACUGACAGGCGAUCCAUUUACACAAUGCCAACCAAUAGAAAAGGAUGUGGAAAUUAUCAAUCCCUGCCAGCCAUCGCCAUGUGGCUCCAAUGCUGAGUGUAUACAACGCAAUGGUGCCGGAGCCUGUCAAUGCCUACCUGAUUUCUUUGGCAAUCCUUACGAGGGAUGUCGACCGGAAUGUAUACUCAACUCGGAUUGUCCUUCAAAUCGUGCGUGUCAACAACAAAAGUGCCGGGAUCCGUGUCCUGGUAGCUGCGGACAAAAUGCUGAAUGCAAUGUUGUUAAUCAUACACCCAUGUGCUCCUGCUUCGCGGGAUAUGUUGGAGAUCCGUAUCGCUACUGUAACCAGCCCGCAGAACCGAUUAUUCAUGAGUAUGUAAACCCAUGUUUGCCCUCGCCCUGUGGCUCGAAUGCCCAAUGUCGUGAGGUUCAGGGCCAAGGGGUUUGUUCCUGUUUGCCCGAGUUUAAGGGAGUGCCACCCAAUUGCCGACCCGAAUGUACCUCUAGCGCUGAGUGCUUAGACACCCAGGCAUGCAUUAAUCGUAAGUGUGUUGAUCCAUGCCCGGGUGUUUGCGGCCAACAGGCGGUAUGCCAGGUGCGCAACCACAGCCCACUUUGUAUGUGUCCUCCAGGUCUGAUGGGCGAUCCAUUCGUUCGCUGCCUACCUCGUCCAACACCUUCAGCACCAGUUCGAGAUGUGGUGCCUUAUCGCGACCCUUGCGUACCCUCACCGUGUGGUCUGUACGCCACAUGCCGUAAUCAACACGGUCAAGCGAUUUGCUCUUGCCAAACUAACUAUUAUGGUACCCCACCUCAUUGUCGACCUGAGUGUACCAUCAAUGCAGAUUGCGCCAGUCAUCUGGCUUGCAUUGGUGAAAGGUGCCGCGAUCCUUGUCCAGGAGCUUGCGGUCAGCGCACAGAGUGCCGUGUUAUCAAUCACACGCCCAACUGUGUUUGCCUUCAUGGCUACGUUGGCGAUGCCUUUGUAGCUUGCCGGCCUGCACCACCGGCACCAACUUAUAACGAACCUAAAGAUCCUUGUAAUCCCAGUCCAUGCGGUAGCAAUGCUAUUUGCUCGGGAGAUGGGCAAUGUGCGUGCAUAGCCGAAUAUCGGGGCGAUCCGUAUAUCGCCUGUCGUCCAGAGUGCGUAUUGAGCGCUGAAUGUCCUCGAAAUCUCGCCUGUGUCCAACAAAAGUGUAUAGAUCCCUGCCCUGGUACCUGUGGAGUAAACGCAAUUUGUGAAGUUGUCAAUCACAUUGCCAUGUGUCACUGUCCAGUGGCAAUGACUGGUAACGCUUUUAUUCAGUGCAGUCCCACACAAACCCCUGUUUAUCGGAAUCCGUGUCAGCCAUCACCUUGUGGUGCAAAUUCCGAGUGCCGAGAACGGCAAGGUCAAGCUAUUUGUAGUUGUUUGCCAAACUAUUACGGCGUGCCACCAGCUUGCCGCCCAGAAUGUACCACCAACUAUGACUGUGCACCUAGCCUGGCGUGUCAGAACCAACGAUGUGUCGAUCCCUGCCCUGGCACCUGUGGUGCUUAUGCAGAGUGCCGGGUAGUUAGUCACAGUUCCUUCUGCAGCUGCCAGCCUGGCUACACAGGCAAUCCGUUUGUUCAAUGCUACAGAAUUAUGGAACCAUUGCGAGAUGUAACUCCUCAGGAUCCAUGCCAACCCUCACCUUGUGGUCCCAAUAGUGAAUGCCGUAGCAAUGGAGGUACUCCCUCUUGUUCAUGCCUGGAAAACUUCUUUGGAACCCCACCCAACUGCAGACCCGAGUGCUUAUCCAACUCGGAUUGCGCUUCAUCGCAGAUUUGCAGAAACAAUCGUUGUACGGAUCCUUGUCCGGGUCUUUGCGGCUUGAAUGCUGAGUGCCGUGUAAUUAGUCAUAGCGCUAUGUGCUUAUGUCAAUCAGGCUUUACCGGCGAUCCAUUCAUUCUAUGCAAGCAAAUUCAAUAUGAUCCACCUGAAGUGGCCCAACCAUGCAAUCCCAAUCCUUGCGGUACAUUUGCCGAGUGUCAUCAACGAAAUGGCAUUGGCUCAUGCCAAUGCUUGCCCGAGUACUUUGGAAAUCCCUACGAAGCUUGUCGACCAGAAUGUGUCCUUGAUUCAGAUUGUGCAUCUAAUAGAGCCUGUGUUAAUCAAAAGUGCCGCGAUCCUUGUCCGGGAGCCUGUGGCUACAAUGCCGAAUGCUAUGUUCGCAAUCAUUUGCCGACUUGUAAUUGCCUCAACAAUUAUGUGGGCGAUCCAUAUCGCUACUGCAGCUUAGAAGAGAAACCCAUUCGCGAGUAUGUUAAUCCCUGCCAACCCUCACCGUGUGGUCCCAACAGUCAAUGCAAAGAGCUCAAUGAGCAGGCAGUCUGCUCUUGCUUACCCGAGUAUGUGGGCAGUCCACCUGGCUGUCGUCCUGAGUGUACACUUUCAUCAGAAUGUAGCUUUGAUAAGGCUUGCGUACAACAUAAGUGUGUUGAUCCUUGUCCAGGCGCUUGCGGCAGCAAUGCACAUUGUCAUGCCACAAAUCAUGCUCCAUUGUGUACGUGCCAGAGUGGAUAUACUGGAGAUCCGUUCACCCGUUGUUAUCCCAUACCCCCGCCUCCCACUCAGCUGCAACAUGAACCUGUGCGCGAUCCCUGUCUGCCAUCGCCUUGUGGAGCUAAUGCUCAGUGUCGUCGGUUAAAUGAUCAAGCUGUGUGUAGCUGUCUGGCUGGUUACUUUGGAGUACCGCCGAGCUGUCGACCUGAGUGUACGCAGAGUGCCGAAUGUCUGCCCAAUUCAGCUUGCAUAAACCAACGUUGCGUUGAUCCUUGUCCUGGCUCUUGUGCCCACAAUGCCAUUUGUACUGUGCGAAAUCAUGUACCGAGCUGCCAGUGUCCUAACGGAUUCAUAGGUGAUCCAUUCACCUUCUGUCAGCGUGAGCCCCCCAAACCCAUCGUUCCCGAUGACCCCUGUAAUCCGUCACCCUGUGGAUCUAAUGCACAGUGUCAAAAUGGCCAAUGUACAUGCAUAGCCGAAUAUCAAGGAGAUCCCUAUGUGGGCUGCCGACCAGAGUGCGUGCUUAAUACGGACUGUCCGCGUGAUCGUGCAUGCGUUCGCAACAAAUGUAUUAAUCCCUGCCCAGGAACUUGUGCACCCAACGCCAUAUGCGAUGUACUUAAUCAUAUAGCCAUGUGUCGCUGUCCGGACGGAAUGAUUGGCAAUGCCUUCAUUCAAUGCAAUACACCGCCUGUUCAAAAUCAACCGCCUAUAAAUCCUUGUGCGCCCUCGCCAUGUGGCCCCAACAGUCGAUGCCGCGUUUUCAAUGACAACGCCGUUUGCAGUUGCAUUGAGAAUUAUGUAGGCACCCCACCUAAUUGCCGGCCGGAAUGUACACGGAAUUCGGACUGCCUGCCAAGCUUGGCAUGUCAGCAACAACAUUGCAUUGAUCCGUGCCCAGGCACAUGUGGCUAUAAUGCUAUCUGCCAAGUAGUAAAUCAUGCACCAAUAUGUAGUUGUGCUGCACAAUACAUUGGAAACCCCUUCCUUGGCUGUACACCCAUACCACCGCAGCGCGAUAUCAUUCCUGUCAAGCAGCCCUGUCAUCCCUCACCCUGUGGACCGUACGCCGAAUGUCGUACUGUAGGGGAUCAGGCCCAAUGCAAAUGUCUAUCCAACUACAUUGGACAACCGCCAAAUUGUCGACCGGAGUGUGUCACUAAUUCAGAAUGCAACUUUGAUCAAGCGUGCGUAAAUCAGAAAUGUGUGGAUCCAUGUCCAGGCUCUUGCGGCUCCAAUGCCAUCUGUCAUGUGCUCAGCCAUGUUGCCAUGUGCUACUGCACUCCUGGCUAUACAGGUGAUCCCUUCACCAUUUGCCGCCAAGAGCUCAUAAUUCAACAUGAGGAGCGCAUCCAGCCUUGUUAUCCCGAUCCGUGCGGCGCCAAUGCGGUGUGUCGUCAGGAGGGAAACGCUGGAUCUUGUCAAUGCUUACCCGAUUACCAUGGCAAUCCAUACGAGGCUUGUCGACCUGAAUGCGUCACUGAUAGUGACUGUCCGUCGGACAAAUCCUGUCAGCAAUUGAAAUGUCGCGAUCCUUGUCCUGGUAUAUGCGGCCUAAAUGCCGCUUGUCGCGUUCUUAACCAUUUGCCCACAUGUCAUUGCUUAUGCAAUUUCGUUGGGGACCCAUAUCGUUAUUGUCAGCUUCCCGAGAAACCAAUUUUGAAAGAAUAUAUAAAUCCUUGUCAGCCUUCACCCUGUGGUCCCAAUUCCCAAUGUCUCGAAAAGAAUGAACAAGCUAUCUGCUCCUGUUUGUCAGAGUAUGUCGGAACUCCUCCCAACUGUCGGCCCGAAUGUGUAACCAGUGGCGAGUGUCCUUCGGAUAAGGCCUGCGUUAAUCAAAAGUGUCGAGAUCCAUGUCCUGGCGUUUGUGGUACAAACGCCGAUUGCCGUGUUUACCAUCAUGCACCGAUUUGCAGUUGCCGUCAAGGCUACCAGGGUGAUGCAUUCACGCGUUGCUAUCCCGUCCCACCCCCAUCCCCUGUACAGUUGGAUACUUAUAAGAAUCCUUGUAUUCCAUCGCCAUGUGGUCAAAAUGCCGAGUGCCGUGAACAGCAUGGCACAGCUAUUUGUAGUUGCAUACGCAACUAUUUUGGUAGCCCACCCAAUUGUCGACCCGAAUGUAGCAUCAACGCGGAUUGUGCCGCUCAUCUGGCUUGUCAACAACAACGAUGCCGCGAUCCAUGUCCAGGAGCAUGUGGUUUUAAUUCACAAUGUGUGGUCAUUAAUCACAUGCCAGUGUGUCAGUGUGCACCAGGAUUAACUGGCAAUCCCUUCGCUUCCUGUCAAGCUCCACCACCCAAACCACCUGUGCUGGCUGAUGAUCCCUGUCUGCAUGUACAGUGUGGUGCCAAUGCUGUUUGCCGCCAGGGACAAUGCAACUGUCUACCCGAUUUCCAUGGUAACCCAUUGAUUGGUUGUCGGCCAGAGUGCAUAUUGAACACGGAAUGCGCCCAGAAUCGUGCAUGCGUACGGCAAAAAUGUAUUGAUCCAUGCCCAGGCACAUGUGGCUCAAAUGCCAUUUGCGAGGUACAUAACCAUGUGGCCAUGUGCCACUGUCCAGCUGGAAUGACAGGCAAUGCUUUUGCACUGUGCUCACCAUUGCCGCCACCACCGCCAAUUCUUAUAUCAGAUCCUUGUCAACCAUCGCCAUGCGGAGCAAAUGCACAAUGUCGUAACAUAAAUGGACAAGCCGUUUGCUCUUGUCUGCCACAAUUCGUAGGAGUGCCACCAUCUUGUCGUCCUGAAUGUAUUAGCAACACGGAGUGCCCGCUGCACUUAGCAUGCCUGCAACAACGUUGCAUUGAUCCUUGUCCGGGUGCAUGCGGCCAGAAUACUGAGUGCAGAGUGCUAAAUCACAGUCCAAUCUGUCGUUGCAUAAACUCUUACACGGGCAAUCCCUUCAUUGAAUGUCAUCAGCGGCCGGCACAACCAAUUCAACAUGAUGUGAUUGAUCCCUGCAGGCCGUCGCCUUGUGGGCCCAAUUCCGAAUGCCGCAACGUUGGAAACAAUGCUCAGUGCAGCUGCCUCAUUGGAUUUAUUGGAACCCCGCCAAGCUGUCGACCCGAAUGCGUAAGCAGCGCUGACUGCCCCACGAAUCUGGCUUGCUUUGAUCAGAAAUGCCGGGACCCUUGUCCUGGUGUUUGUGGCAGCAAUGCCGAAUGCUAUGUUAUUAACCAUACACCCAUGUGCAACUGCAUAAGUGGACACACUGGCAAUCCAUUCAUCGGUUGCGACGUACAGCGGGACGUGGUCGAGCCUCUAACACCUUGUUCACCAAACCCAUGUGGCUCAAAUGCGAUCUGUACCGAAUCGAAUGGUGCUGGAGCAUGCCAAUGCUUGCCAGAGUUUUAUGGCAAUCCCUAUGUUGGCUGCCGACCGGAAUGUGUUUUGAAUUCAGAUUGCCCCAGUCAGUUGGCAUGUCUUAAUCAGCACUGCCGCGAUCCUUGUGCGGGUAUAUGUGGCCCCAAUGCCAUUUGUCAUGUCCGUCAUCAUCUGCCUCAAUGCAAUUGCCUUAGUGGCUAUGAGGGCAAUCCUUAUAGCUACUGUAGUGUCAUACCCGAACCUUUACGAGAACCUGUCCCAGUUCAUCCCUGUCAGCCCUCGCCAUGUGGACCCAACUCAAAAUGCCACGAAGCAAAUCAGCAGGCCGUUUGCAGUUGCCUACCUGACUUUAUUGGCACACCACCAGGCUGCCGACCCGAAUGUACCAUUUCCAGCGAGUGUCCGCUAGACAAGGCCUGCAAUAAUCAGCAUUGCAUUGAUCCCUGCCCUGGAGUCUGUGGCCGUAAUGCUGUAUGUCGCGUUAUCAAUCACAGUCCUCAUUGCAGCUGUUCGCCUGGUUUUACGGGUGACGCAUUUGCCGGAUGUAGAACUAUACCGCCCGCUAUCACUUAUGACUAUCCAAAGGAUCCCAUUCGCGAUCCCUGUGUACCGUCCCCAUGUGGCACUUUUGGACAGUGUCACUCCGAACACGGUCAAGCUGUGUGCCGUUGUCUGCCAAAUUACUAUGGUGCUCCGCCCAAUUGCCAGCCUGAAUGUGUCAUAAACGCCGAUUGUGCUUCACAUCUGGCCUGCAUGAAUGAAAAGUGUCGCGAUCCUUGCCCCGGCUCCUGUGGCUUUGCUGCCCAAUGUAGCGUCAUCAAUCAUAUGCCCAUUUGCAGAUGUCCCGUCGGCUAUGAAGGAAAUCCUUUCACUAGCUGCACGCCAAUACCACCAUCAUAUGAACCACCUCCACGCGAUGCCUGCAAUCCCUCACCUUGUGGCUCGAAUGCCAUUUGUACCAAUGGACAAUGCUCGUGUCUCCCCGAGUUCUAUGGCAAUGCCUACAUAGGCUGUCGACCCGAAUGUGUUCUUAACUCAGACUGUGCACGCGACAAAGCAUGCCAGGGCAGCAAAUGCGUUGAUCCAUGUCCGGGUGCAUGUGGCGUGGGUGCUGUUUGUGAAGUUCGCAAUCAUGUGCCAAUGUGCCACUGUCCGCCAGGCACAUCGGGCAAUGCAUUUGUGCAGUGUGCUUUAGUACAACCUGAUCCGAUCGUGCCCGCCAAUCCAUGCCAUCCCACACCCUGUGGCAGCAAUUCUCAAUGUCGUGUGGCAAACGAGCAGGCCGUGUGCUCCUGCCUGCCAGAUUUUUAUGGAACACCCCCGCACUGUCGACCCGAGUGCACCAUCAAUUCAGACUGUGCCCCUCAUUUGGCUUGCCAAAAUCAACAUUGCCGCGAUCCCUGUCCUGGGGCUUGUGGUCAAAAUGCACUCUGCCAAGUCAUUCGUCAUACACCACAUUGCAGUUGUCCGGCUGGAUAUACAGGCAACGCGUUUGCCCUGUGUCAACGACUGCCGCCGCCUCCAAUUGUACAGCGUGAUCCAGUCAAUCCUUGCCAGCCGUCACCGUGUGGUGCCAAUGGAGUGUGCACACCCUCACCAAAUGGCAGUCAAGCGCAAUGCAAGUGCGUGGAAAACUUUAUUGGAACCCCCCCUAACUGCAGACCUGAAUGUGUUACUUCAGCGGAGUGCUCCAACCAAUUGGCAUGCAUUGGACAAAAGUGUCGCGAUCCUUGUCCUGGUGUCUGUGGCCAGGCUGCAACAUGUCAAGUGAUCAGCCAUGUGCCAUCUUGCAUUUGCAUAGCUGAUUAUAUUGGCGACCCUUUCACGAAAUGCUAUCCACGUCCGCCACUUGAACAAGACCAAAUUAAUCCAUGUUCUCCAAGUCCUUGUGGUAACAAUGCUGUCUGCAAGCAACAGGGUAGAGUUGGUGCUUGUCAAUGCUUGCCUAACUAUUAUGGAAAUCCCUACGAAGGAUGUCGACCCGAAUGUGUCCUGAACUCCGAUUGUUCCAGCCACUUGGCCUGCCUUAAUCAACAUUGUCGUGAUCCCUGCCCCGGCAGCUGUGCGCCCAAUGCUCAGUGCCAAGUCGUCAACCAUGUUCCCCUCUGCAGCUGCUAUCCUAACUACUUUGGCGAUCCAUAUCGUCAUUGCCAACUGCGUCAGGCAGAACCCACGCCCCCAGUUUAUAAAAAUCCAUGUGAGCCGUCGCCUUGUGGCGCCAAUUCUCAGUGCCGUGAAUCACAGGGUCAAGCGAUUUGCAGCUGCCUGCCUCAGUUUAUUGGUACUCCACCUGCAUGUCGUCCAGAGUGUGUCAUCAGUGCCGAGUGUGCCGCGGAUAAGGCUUGUAUCAACCAGAAGUGUGAAGAUCCCUGUCCUGGUGCCUGUGGCCUCAAUGCACAAUGUCAUGUGCGCAACCAUAGUCCGCUAUGCUCCUGCCAGUCUGGUUACACAGGCGAUGCCUUCGUCCGCUGUUUCCCGAUACCACCACCCAAAGAGGCAGAUCAACCUAAGCAGCCACCUACGCCGUGUGUGCCAUCGCCAUGUGGACCCAAUUCGCAGUGCCGCGAACAGAAUGGAGGCGCCAGUUGUAGCUGCUUGCCCAACUUUAUUGGCGCAGCGCCCAACUGCCGCCCUGAGUGCACCAUUAAUGCCGAGUGUCCCAGUAAUUUGGCUUGCAUCAAUGAGAAAUGUCGCGAACCCUGCCCUGGUGCCUGCGGCUUUGCAGCACAGUGCAAUGUAAUUAAUCAUACGCCCACAUGUUCGUGCCCUGCUGGUUAUACAGGCGAUCCCUUCAUUAGCUGUCGUCUCUUGCCACCCACGCCGCCACCGGCACCAACAAUUCCUGAUGAUCCAUGCAAUCCCUCACCAUGUGGCAGUAAUGCACAGUGCCGCAAUGGUGUAUGCUCAUGCCUGCCCGAAUAUCAGGGCGAUCCCUACAUCGGUUGUCGCCCGGAAUGCGUGUUGAACUCCGAGUGCCCCAGAAAUCGUGCAUGUGUACGCAAUAAGUGCAUUGAUCCGUGCCCUGGAACAUGUGCCCAAAACGCACUUUGCGAUGCCAUUAAUCACAUUGCCAUGUGUCGCUGUCCCGAGCGCAUGACUGGCAAUGCGUUUAUUGACUGUACACCGGUGCGGGAUGAGCCAAAUAUCAAUCCGUGUCAACCAUCGCCAUGUGGAGCCAAUUCGCAGUGCAUUGAACGGAAUGGAAACGCGAUCUGCUCCUGCAUCACUGGAUAUCUGGGUCAACCUCCCAAUUGUCGCUUGGAGUGCUACACCAGUUCGGACUGCUCCCAACAGCACGCGUGCAUCAACAACAAGUGCGUGGAUCCCUGCCCAGGACAAUGCGGCCUAAACGCAGUUUGUCAAGCUGUACAGCAUCGUGCUCACUGCGAAUGCAUCACUGGUUACACCGGAAAUGCCUACAGGCUCUGCAAUCCUAUUGUUAUAGAACGCAAGCCAGAAAAGGCUCGAGAUCCAUGCUACCCAUCGCCCUGCGGACCAAAUGCUCAGUGUACGAACGAGAACGGUCAAGCGCGUUGUAGUUGCCUGCCGGAGUUCCAAGGCACGCCGCCCCGUUGCCGACCCGAGUGUUCUUACAAUGACGAGUGCCAAAAUACUUUGGCCUGUAUAGGUCAGAAGUGUCGCGAUCCAUGCCCCGGAAGCUGUGGUCAAAAUGCUAUCUGUCGAGUAACCCUACAUACGCCCAAUUGCCAUUGUCCUGCCGGUAUGACGGGUGAUCCGUUCCGACUUUGCCAGCAAGUUCAACAACUUGUGCCAACGCCAGUGCCUACGCCGAAGAAUCCAUGCCAGCCAUCGCCGUGUGGCAGCAACACCGAGUGCCGCCUGCGAGGCGAAAGCUAUGUUUGUGAGUGUAUACAGGAGUACAUAGGCAAUCCGUAUGAGGGCUGUCGUCCGGAAUGCGUUGGCAACUCGGAAUGUCCAGCCAAUCGUGCCUGCAUACGCAACAAGUGUGCUGAUCCUUGCCCCGGCACCUGUGGACUGGAGGCUGUAUGCAACGUCAACAAUCACAUUCCAAUCUGCUCCUGCCCGACGGGCUAUACGGGCAACGCCUUUGUGCAAUGCACACGACAGGUGACACCACCGCCGGCCUCGGAUCCAUGCUAUCCAUCCCCGUGCGGCCUAAACUCAGUGUGCCGCGUGCAACGAGAUCAAGCUGUUUGUGAAUGCCUGCCCGGUUUCUUUGGUAACCCAUUGGGCCAGGGCUGUCGACCUGAAUGCACACUCAGCUCGGAUUGCGCCAAGGAUCGAGCUUGUGUAAAUAAUAAGUGCGUCGAUGCCUGCAUUGGAGUGUGUGGAUAUGGCGCUGUCUGUCAGACGAUCAAUCACAGUCCGAUCUGCUCCUGUCCCGACAACAUGAUAGGAAAUCCAUUUGUGCAAUGCGAAGCGCCACGUAAUGUUGACGUUGAUCUGUGCCAGCCAUCGCCAUGUCGCAGCAACGGUAUCUGCCGUGUACACAACGGUGCUGCCACUUGCAGCUAUCCGGAGUGUGUGACGAACGAAGACUGCUCCCGGGAUCGCGCUUGCGUCAGUCAGAAAUGCCGUGAUCCGUGUCAGCAGGCGUGUGGCCUCAACGCCAUUUGUCGUGUUAUCAAUCACAAGGCCAUUUGCAGCUGCCCGCCAGAGUUUUAUGGCUCACCGUAUGCUCAGUGUGUGCGUCAAGUGCCUCAAUUGGAUCCGCCUAAGCCGGAGUGCACCAGCGAUAGCGAGUGCACCAACGAUAAGGCGUGCAUCAACCAAUUCUGCCGAAAUCCUUGCGAGCAAUCCAAUCUGUGUGCACAGCAGGCACGCUGCCACGUGCAGCUCCAUCGUCCGCUCUGCGUAUGCAACGAAGGCUACACUGGAAACGCACUGCAACACUGCUAUCUGCUGGGCUGUCGCUCCGACGGAGAGUGUGCACCCACCGAGGCCUGCGUCAACGAGCAGUGUGUGGAUCCCUGCACCUUCACUCAAUGUGGCACUGGAGCUGUCUGUCGCGCGGACUUCAAUCAUCGUGCCCGCUGUCACUGCCCUGACGGCUAUCGUGGCAAUCCUCUUCUGCGGUGCGAGCGACCCGAGUGUCGCAACGACAAUGAAUGCGCCUUCCAUUUGGCCUGUCGCAACGAGCGCUGCGAGGAUCCCUGCAAUUGCGGCAUUGGCGCCCAGUGUCGCGUGGACAAUCAUCGUGCACAAUGCCGUUGCCCAGCCGGCUACAGCGGCAAUCCAGCAGUACGCUGUGAAUUGCUGCCGGUCAAGCCCGAAGGCUGCACCAUGGAUGCGGAAUGUCCCAGCAGAUUGGCCUGCUUCAAUGGCGAGUGCAAGAACCCAUGCGAUGUAACCCAUCCAUGUGGAGCGAAUGCCAUCUGCGUGGUCGUCGACACACUGCCCCUGCGCACAAUGAUCUGUCGCUGUGAGUCUGGCUACGUGGGUGAUGCGGACAUUGGAUGUCGCAAAGAACCCGUACGUGACCAAGGCUGCGUAUCACACGAUCAGUGCCAGGACACCGAGGCCUGCCGUCGAGGCAAUUGUGUCAAUCCUUGCUUGGAUGCUUCGCCCUGUGCGCGUACUGCUGAAUGCCUGGCGCAACAUCAUCGAGCCAUCUGCAGCUGCCCGAAGGGCACUCAAGGUGAUCCAUUCACCAACUGCUACCAACCACCACAAAUCACAGCUGGUUGUGCUCACGACUCGGAAUGCACGCCCACAACAGCUUGCAUUAACAAACGCUGCCAGGAUCCGUGUGCUGAGGCCAAUCCUUGUGCUGGAAAUGCCGAGUGCCGUGUGCAAAACUCACGACCCAUUUGCUACUGUCCCGCUGGUUGGGGUGGUGAUCCACAAGUGCAAUGCUUCAAGCCCGAAUGCAAGAUAAAUGCAGAUUGUCCCUAUGACAAGGCCUGCCUUAAUGAGAACUGCGUCAAUCCGUGCACCCACGGCCAGGUGCGUUGCGGCAGCGGCGCCGAAUGCCUGCCACAGAAUCACCAGGCUGUCUGCCGCUGUCCCGAAGGCACCCAGGGCAGUCCCUUCAUCGCUUGCAUCACUGGCCACUGCCAGUACAACGAGGACUGUGCGGAUAACGAAGCCUGCGAUCGCUUGAAUCGCAUUUGCCGUCCAGUCUGCGAACAGGACACAUGUGCUGUGAAUGCUCUCUGUGUGGGACGUCGUCAUCAGCCACGCUGUGAGUGCCGUCCAGGCUACCAGGGUAAUCCGUUCGUGUUGUGCGAACAGCCCAAACAGGAUCCACAGCCACAGUGCACCCAAGACGCUGACUGUCCAUCGAAAUUGGCUUGCAUCAAUCAGCGCUGUGCAAAUCCAUGUGCCACGCCGCACGUGUGCAGCCCACAGCAGAGCUGUGCCGUUCUGGAUACCCUACCACUGCGCACCAUGAUCUGCAAGUGUCCCAGCGACACUGUCACUGACAAUUCCGGCAAUUGUGUGCCCAUCCAGCCAGCUAUCGUCUCUGGUGGCUGUCAGCACAAUGCAGAGUGCGCCAGCUCUGAGGUGUGCCUGCAUGGCAGUUGCCUGGAUGCCUGCCAUCUGGAACGUUGCGGUGUGAAUGCUCAGUGCAAUGCACGCGAUCAUUAUGCACAAUGUAGCUGUCCAGCUGGAUACCAGGGUAAUCCACGCAUCGAAUGUUAUACUACGGACAUUGCCAUACCGAAGAUUCCUGGCCCCGAAUGCACACGCAAUGAUGAUUGCCCUCGAGAUAAGAACUGCCAGAACGAACGCUGUGUGAAUCCAUGCGUGGCUGAUGCCUGCGGCCUGGGCGCCUACUGUCAUGUGCAGAAUCGCGCCGCCAUUUGCCGUUGCCCGCCUGGCUACACGGGAGACGCACGCACUCGUUGUCUGCCACCGUCGGAUGUCAUCACUGUGGGUUGCAAGUCGAACUCGGAUUGCCCCAUUGCGGAGGCGUGCAUCAAUGCGCAGUGCAUUAAUCCAUGCAACUGUGGACCCAACGCCGAGUGUAUUGUCAAGAAUCAUCAUCCCAUUUGCUAUUGCAAACCUGGCUUCUCAGGCAAUGCCCAAUUCGGCUGCGCGCCCAUUGGCUGCCAGUCGGACGAUGAGUGCGCCGGUGACAAGCAGUGCACGAAUCAUGAGUGUGUCAAUCCCUGCCUGAUCGCUGAUCCUUGUGCUCUGAAUGCUGAAUGCUAUGGCCGCAAUCAUCGCGCUAGCUGCCGCUGCCCCACUGGCCUAGAGGGAGAUCCGUUUGUGCGCUGUGUGCGUCUGGAAUGUCGCUCGGACUACGAUUGCGCCUCCAAUUUGGCCUGCGUUGCCAACCAGUGCGUGAAUCCUUGUGCUCAAAGUCCGUGCGCUCAGAAUGCCAUCUGCCAGGCACUACAGCAUCGUGCCGUGUGUCGCUGUCCCGAGCAAAUGCCAUUGGGCAAUCCCUAUGCCUACUGCGAGCGUCGGCCCGUGGAGCCAGUGUGCCGCGAUGACGGUGACUGCCCCAGCGGUUUGGCCUGCAUCGAUGCCAAGUGCAAGAAUCCAUGUACCGAACUGUCGCCCUGCGCACGCAGCGCUCACUGCAGUGUCUUGGACAGCGUGCCCGUACGGACCAUGGUCUGUGAGUGUCCCGAAUCGCAAGUACCGGAUGCCAGCGGCGAAUGCCGUCAACUGGUACUACAGAGUCCGCCAGGCUGCGAGAGUGAUUCGGAUUGUGGCGAUCAGGAGGCCUGUGUCAAUCGCCAGUGCCGCAAUCCCUGCAACUGUGGCUCCAACGCCGUGUGCCAGGUGCAACAACAUCGCGCCGUGUGCAGCUGCCAGGAUGGCUUUGAGGGCAAUCCCUAUGCCGUCUGUCGCUCCAUUGGCUGUCGUGUCGACGGCGAAUGCGACUCCGGCAAGGCCUGCAUCAAUGGCAACUGUAUCAAUCCCUGUCUGGUCAACGAUCCCUGCGGCCCCAAUGCCGAGUGCUACGUACAGUCGAGUCGUGCCCAGUGCCGCUGUCACAGCGGCUAUCGCGGCAAUCCCUACGAGCGCUGCCGCGUGAUUGGCUGCACUAGCAAUAAUGACUGCCCCACGGACAAGACCUGCCAGAACGAGCAAUGCGUAAAUCCAUGCGUCUACCGUAAUAUCUGUGCGCCACGCGCCGAAUGUCGUCCACAGAACCAUAUGGCCGUAUGCCGCUGCCCAUCAGAUUUCAUUGGCAAUCCCUAUGUGGACUGCCGGCCGGAGCCGCAACCUGUCUGCAAACUGGAUACGGACUGUCCUGCUCGAUUGGCCUGCAUCAACGAACAAUGCGUCGACCCCUGCUUGGUACUGGAGCCCUGUCAACGACCUGCCCAGUGUCAAGUGACCCCUACGGCACCUGUACGCACCAUGAUCUGCAUCUGUCCAGAUGGUUACAUAAGCAGUGGCAGUGGUAGCUGCAAGCCUACCACUAGCGUCGUGAAAGUAGGCGGCUGCAUCUCCGACUCCGACUGUCCGGCCGAAAAAUCUUGCGUGAGCGGCAUUUGCCGUAAUCCAUGCAAUUGCGGAGUGAAUGCCGAGUGUCGCAUCAAGGAUCACAAGCCAGUGUGCACCUGUCGCCAGGGCUACGAGGGCAAUCCUGAAUUCGAAUGUGCCAAAAUCGAAUGCACCAUCAAUUCCGAGUGCCCAGCAACACACGCAUGCCGUAAUCAGCUCUGCAUACCCGCCUGCCAGGGCGAGCAAUGUGGACCCAAUGCCGAAUGCCUGGCCAUAAAUCAUCGGGCCGUGUGUGAGUGUGCUCCUGGACAUGGCGGAAAUGCGCGUCUGGGUUGCACACCGCUUGGCUGCCGUAACGACGACGAAUGCCCAUCCGACAAGGCCUGCGUCAAUGGCAAGUGCACCAAUCCAUGCGAGACCACUGCCAUAUGCGCCAACGACGAGCUCUGCAAGGUUUAUCAGCAUAAGCCCCAAUGUGCCUGCCCGCCCGGCACUGUGCCCGGUCGCAAUGGCUGCGAGCAGGAACGAGUCGUACCCAUUUGUACCAGCGAUGGCGACUGUCCAACUCAACGCGCCUGUCUGCGAGGCGAAUGUGUGAAUCCCUGCAAUGCGACGCAUCCGUGCGGCGUGAAUGCCGAAUGCCGCGUCCUGGAUACGCUACCUGUACGCACCAUGAUCUGUGAAUGCCUCGAGGGCUACACCGGCAAUGCAGCCGUGCAGUGCGACAAGCGCUCGCUGUGCGUCAUCGAGAAGGGCUUUGUGCGCGAUGUCGAUGGUCAGUGCGUGUGCCCACCUGGCAGCGCUCUCGACAUCUACGAGUACUGCACACCCUGCCUGGUGGAGCAAGGCUAUCGUAUCGAUGAAAGCGGCCAUUGCGUGUGCGCCUUGGAGCGCGGCAUGGUAAUCGAUGAACGUGGUCGCUGCACAUGUCCCAUUGACCUGGGCUAUCGUCUGACACCACUGGGCGAAUGCGUGCCCGUUGAGCAGCCCGAAUGCGUCACCAAUGAGCAAUGUGCGGACAAUCGCUUCUGCAAUCCGGAAACAAAGACCUGCGAGGAUCCCUGCCUGACCAAGACGUGUGGUGUGAAUGCCUUCUGUAAUGCUGUGAAUCAUCAUGCCCAAUGCCAAUGCAUCACCGGCUACACGGGUAAUCCCGAGCUGCACUGCAAUCACACCAACUUCCGUACUGACUUCCCGCGGCCCGACAUGGUUGUCAGUUGCUUGGCUGAUGGAGUACAAGUGGAGAUCCACAUAACCGAACCCGGCUUCAACGGCGUACUGUAUGUGAAGGGACACAGCAAGGAUGAAGAAUGCCGUCGUGUUGUCAAUUUGGCUGGUGAAACGGUGCCACGUACCGAACUCUUCCGCGUACACUUUGGCAGCUGCGGCAUGCAAGCCGUUAAGGAUGUGGCCAGCUUUGUCUUGGUCAUACAGAAGCAUCCCAAGCUGGUUACCUACAAGGCGCAGGCCUACAACAUCAAGUGCGUUUACCAGACCGGCGAGAAGAACGUGACGCUAGGCUUCAACGUAUCCAUGCUGACAACAGCCGGCACAAUUGCUAAUACCGGACCACCGCCGAUCUGCCAAAUGCGAAUAAUUACCAAUGAAGGCGAGGAAAUAAAUUCUGCAGAGAUUGGCGACAAUCUACGCUUGCAAGUGGACGUUGAGCCAGCCACUAUUUAUGGCGGCUUCGCGCGCUCCUGCAUAGCCAAGACAAUGGAGGAUAAUGUACAGAACGAAUACCUCGUAACCGAUGAGAAUGGCUGUGCCACGGACACAAGCAUCUUUGGCAACUGGGAAUACAAUCCGGAUACCAAUAGUCUGCUGGCCAGUUUCAAUGCCUUUAAAUUCCCCUCCAGUGACAACAUACGGUUCCAGUGCAACAUACGCGUUUGCUUCGGCAAAUGCCAGCCGGUCAACUGCGGCGGCUACAAUGCCUUUGGACGCAGGCGUCGCUCCAUUGCGGACAACUCAAGCGAUACAACGGCAAUUGCCACAAGCACUGGCGUGGAGGGUCAGCUGCGCGAGGAGAUCACCAUCUCAUCCAAUGCCAUAUUGACAUUCGAGAAACGCAGCGGUCCAGGCCUGAAUGAUGCCAACAUCAAACCUGCGGCUCAGCGUGUUGAGGAUAUUUGCGUGUCCAUGGUGGGCUUGAUCAUAGCCUUGGUUAUCACGGCACUGCUGGCGCUUGUCGCCGUCGCCGUGGCCGUCUCCUGCUGGCUAAUGGCCUACAGAAGAAGACCCAAGACGUUGGCACCCUUGCCACAUCCUCCAGAGUUCCCCAAUCCGCUGUUCGCCAACCCGGACGCUGCGCCCGAACCAACACCGGACUAUAUCUCCUAAACUGUAAAGUAACUAAACACAGACAGAACAACAACAAACCUAGCUAUAAUUUUAGUUUGUAA